CGCGGGGGGGGCCCGAGCCCGCUCCUGUGGCAGCGGCUCCUUGAGGGCGGCGGUGGCGGCGGCGGGGUGACGGCGAGCGCGUCUGCUGCGGAGCGCGGAGCCGGAAGGCGAGCCGAGCCAUGGAGCCGCGGCUGUGAGGAGCCCCCGGCCCGGGCCCCGCUCUUGGGAAGCCGGGCCGAGGCCGGAGCCGGAGGACAUGGACAAACUGACCAUCAUCUCAGGAUGCCUCUUUCUGGCCGCCGACAUCUUCGCUAUCGCCAGCCUGGCGAACCCGGACUGGAUCAACACCGGCGAGUCCGCGGGUGGGUCAAAGCACGGAAGGACCAGGCAGGACGGCUGGCGGGAGGCGGUGGCAGGGCAGAAGGGGGUCGGGUCGGGUCUGCUCGGGGCAGCGGGGUGGCAGCCUGGAGGCACAAACGCUGCAGCCGCUGUGGCGAGGGAUGGGUUGCUCUGCAGGGAGCCGGAGGGCUAAGUGGGGUCGGACCCAAGGCUCCUAAGCGGCUGGCUGCUGCAGGGAGCGAUGUGCUGCGCGCUGCGUGGUCUGUUUGUGUUUUGGAAGAAGGGGGGGGCGAAGUGCAUUGGGAAGAAGCGGGGGGGGGGGGCUGGAUCCAGCUCUCCCCACGAGGUCGGUUGCUGUGGAAAUCGGGGCAUCUAGACCUUCACCGUGACCCGACACUGUUCCUGUGUUUGGGGACAGGAGGAGUUCGGGGUUGGGGGCAAGUGUCGUGGCGGGGGAUUCCAGCUCCCCAAGCAGUUGGCCACGGUGGGAAUCAGCGUGCUGGACUCGAUGGGCAUUUGGCUUGUUUGUGUUUUGGAAGCAGAGAAAAAGCAGGAGGCGAAAUACUGGGGCAGGCGGAGGGGGAGAAGGUGUCCAUCUGGCCAGAUCUUGCUCUCAGAAACAUAACCUUUGUCUAGGGUGAUUCUUCGUAGAAAAUUGCUGUUUGCUGUCUUGCCUGUUGGUGAGUUUGUUAAGUACUUUCAUCAUCCCUGUGGAAAGGAGGGAUGAAACACUACCAAAUAAAAUCUGAGAUUGGAGGCUUUUAGCUGGGAAGUCGAGGGAAUCAGUGGUGCUGCAGUGGUUAAAUAGAACUUCCAGGUCCAGAGGCAGUAUGCCAGAGAAUAUAGAGUGCUGGGGCAACUUUAGAAGCGGUCUGUUACCUUCAUGCCUUGCUUAUUGGGUUUCCAGAGGCAUCUGGCAGCAAAUUAUAUUGGACUAGCUGAACCUUUAGCCAGAUCCAGCAUAGCUCUUCUUGUAUUUGGAAACGGAGAAAUAACUCCUCACCCCUUACUACACAGAGUCAUCAAACCAUUUCCUUGGAAUGGUAGGAGAUGCAGUAAACCCAGUUUGGGGAAACCACUGAUGGAGUGGGCAAAUAUAUGAGGGAGGGGUUUGAUCAUAAAAUGAGAAUGUAUGGGUGAAGGAUGGAGCAAUUUCAUUGUUAAAGUUUCUACUGCAUCCUUGUGGCUUUGAGGACUUUGGCUGCAAGUCACUUAGCAGGGCCCAGAGGUUAUCAAGUCUAAUCCUCUGUCUGAAGAUAGGUCCAUCAUGACACUAGCCCUCUCCAGUUACUCAACAUCUAGACUGCAUUCAGCUGCAGCUGAAAAUCAGUUAUUGUGUAGAAUGUGAGUUUACUGAAAAUAAAUAAAAUGUUCCACUGUUUGUUGUUAAUGGGAGGUUCUGCCCCAUAAUGUGUUUGAGAAAUGAAUGUGCAAUCCUGGCAUGGCAUCUGUGAUAAUUUACAGAAAAGUAGGAAAACAAUUAUCCUAACAGCUUGGAAGGACUGCGCAUCAGAUAAGCGAUGAAAGGCAGAUGACACUGUACUAAACUCUGGCAAAUUAUGUGAGUAUAAACUGUGUUUAGGCUUGAUAUUUAGUCCUUCAAAAAUUGGUGUAUGCUCCUUGCGUAUGAUGGUACACUAGGCUUGCACAGAUAAUAUCAUUUUUAAAGGAUCAGGGGAAUGAAAUUUGCAAACUAGCAUCACUCUGGGUGGGGGAACAAUUCUUGCUUUAUCCAUAAAGGGCAGUCAGUCCCAGCUGUUCCUUGAGAUGUGGCAAGUGCGAACAGGGCUGAAAGUAGUGGUUUGGAUCCAGAGUUUGUGAGAAUGGAAACUGCUUGGGCAACAGAAGUUUCCUUCACUAUGCAUCCCCCGAAAAAUGUUCUUUCCGGAGGUUCAGCUGGGCUGCCCUGAAAUUUUUGGGGUAUGGUGUGUGGGAAGAAAAUUGGACAGAGACUGCACAAGCACAGAGAUAGGCAAUGUUGUUGGACUAUAGCUCCCAUCUGCCACAGUAAGAGUGGCCAGUGGCCAGAGAUGAUUGGAAUUGUAGUCCCAACAAUGUAUUGAGGGCAUUGCAUUGACUACUUCUACCUAAAAAGAAGUACUCUGGCUUGAGUAACCUGGGUUUGGAGAGCUUAGAGUUCUUGAAACCUUUUUUUUUUGCAUUAUAUUACCCUGAUUGGGAGUGAAAGUCAGAGGGGAAUAGACAAGGGAAAUGCAUUACUAGAGAAAGAGAAGUUGAACCUGAAAUAAAGGGGUUUGUGUGUGUGUGUGUUGGAUACCAAAAACUCUCUCAACUGUGUUCAGACAACAUCUGGGAACAUCUAGGUCAUCUUUAGACAUGUACUUGCAUAUUUGACCCUGAAGAAAUAAGGGCUAGUCUGCCAUCUCUUAAUUGUACUAAAGCAGAUACAUUGUUAUGGUGAGAGAUAUUGCUGAAGGAAUUGAUCCCCACCCCCCUUUCAGCUUGAUGAAUCUGAAUUGGAUCACUAUUUGCUUUGUAAAUGUGAUAAUGAGUAGCAGCCACUUGAGGCUAUACUGGGAUGUCAGCAUAGGUUUCAUUGGUGCUGGUGUUUAGUUUUUCUGAUGCAACUGUAAAUGCUAACCUUUUUGUGUGUGGGUGAACUUCCUGAAAUAAGGACGUAAAUUGCAGUGCUAGAGGGUACAACAACCAGAAUAGAUUUAAUUAAUGCCAUGGAGUUCACCGCGUUGACAUGCAGUUAAGUCUACCUGAUACCAGAGGCUUACUGUAGUCCUCAGGGACAUUUUAUCCUCCUUUUGUCUUAUUUCUGACAGUACAGUCUUAGUUUUAUGAUAGCAAGUAGCACUAUUUCCUUGGCGUGCUGAUGUUUGUGAAUCUUGGGAAGUGCUGAGAAAAGGUUUUUUUAAUUCCAACAAUCAGCUAAUGAAAGUGUUAAGCACACACCCCCAUUAGUCAGUUCCUUUUAAGGGUUGGGCUUGUGGGAAAGUGGAAGGCCUUCCAGUGAUUAUGUGUUCUUUGGAAGCUGGAAGUAGCCUUCUGUCAAAGACGGACGACAACUCAUUGUUGCAUGUAUGUGCCCGUGUGAUCAAUGUGUAUAGGAUGAUUAACAAAUUUACUCUGAUCAGCUUAGAAUCUUAUAUUUGAUCCCUGGGAAAAGGCACUGGGAAAUAGAGAUGACAGAAGCCGGGAACUACUGCAACCAUUUAGUAAAUCUGGACAAUAUAGCUGUUAAUUUUCCUCUCUUUGUUUACGUUUUCUUCUGAUCUCUGCUUUGGAACUGCAAAAUUUCAGUGUAGGGUUAUGCUUCACACAUUCUUUAGAAGGCAAUGAGUCUCUAAAGUAGAUGGUUGCAAUCUUAUUGUGUGUUUGUUGUUCCAGUUACAUCGUCCCCUGUCCUCCAAAUCUCUGUUAUCAUUUUCAUAUUUUCAUCAUUCGAUUUGUCAGUUCCAUCAGGGCCUAAAUAAACCGACGACAACAUACAGUGACCUUCCGGUCCUCAAAAGUGCUGUGAAGGCACAGAGACCAUUCCAUCUUUAUGAGAGUAAAUUCAAGGAUUUGGGUCUCCUUACCUUUUGAGGAUGGGCAUUGCAAAGCAAGAUGGUUAGCAGUGAGGCAGUCAUUGGGGACUGGAGCAUGUAUGGCCACAGGCAUAAUAAUUCACUCUCUGCAGGAGCUGGAUUGCAUUUUUUAAAAUGCGUCAAGGAUGUCUCUUACAUUGUAUGCUAAUGUAAUGUUAUUGGCCUUCAUGUUUUUCCUGAAGUUUAAUGCCAGUAGAGUUCGUUGUAGACGUGAUUGUUUAUUUAAAUAUUUUCAUUUAGUUACAUUUCAAUAGUAUAUAGUUUUUCCGCUUUCUUUGAGGCCUCCCUGUGGCUACAGCAGUUGCUUUCUACUCCUUUUCUUGCUCGCAAGGAUGCGGUAGAUAAAAACUUGGUAGCGUUUGUAUCAUUAUUUGACAUGACUGUCCUAAAUAACCAGCCAUUUUUUUUGGGCAAAUAAAUAGAUAAAUCACUGGUUGGGUAAAUUUUUGUGGAGCCUGCAAAAGUCAGGUAUCUUGUUCUCUUUCUGUGUAACAAUGGUUGCUGCUUUUGAUGUAUACAUUUCCACUGGGCACUGUUCAGCCAUUGGAUAGAAUGCAGCAUUCUAAAAUUGGGCUAUUUCCAGUGAAAUUGAGGGCACCCGAAAAGUGGCCCUAUCUGGGGAAUUCCCUGAGAUCCCUGUUCUUUAUUUAGAUGAAACGAAUGUCACCCCUUUUCAGCUGCCAUUAAUGGCUCUUCAAAGUGGUUCACAAUAACACAACCAAAUGUUGAAACAAAAUAAAAAAAAUUCCUUCCAGUAGCACCUUAGAGACUAACUAAGUUUGUUAUUGGUAUGAGCUUUCGUGUGCAUGCACACUUCUUCAGAUACAGUCAUACCUCUUGCUAUGGACGUUUCAGGUUAUGUGUUUUCAGGUUGCGGACUGUUGGAAACCCGGAAGUACCGGAACGGGUUAUUUCUGGGUUUCGCGCUCGCACAUGCGCAGAAGCAGCAAAUCACGCGGGUGCCCGCACAGACACGGCACUUCAGGAUGCGACCGCUGCGGGUUGCGGAUGUGCCUCCAUCACGGAUUACGUCCUCAACCCGAGGUUCCACUGUACACUGAAACAGAAGUCACCAGACCCUUAUAUAUAGUGAGAGGGUGGGGAGGGGUAUUACUCAGAAGGGUGGUGGGAAUGGGUGAUUGGCUGAUAGGUGUAGUAAGCCAUCACCCAUUCCCACCACCCUUCUGAAUAAUACCCCUCCCCACCCUCUCACUGUAUAUAAGGGUCUGGUGACUUCUGUUUCAGUGUGUCUGAAGAAGUGUGCAUGCACACGAAAGCUCGUACCAAUAACAAACUUAGUUGGUCUCUAAGGUGCUACUGGAAGGAAUUUUUUUUUAUUUUGUUUUGACUACGGCAGACCAACACGGCUACCUACCUGUAACUACAAACAAAUGUGUUUGUGAGGCCCUCACAAUGACUGUUCCCAUGAAGUGUAUACAAGAAGCAUGUCCAAGUUGUUUGUGAAUAUUGUUGUUCUGCUGCCCAGAGAGAAUUCCCAAGAAGAGAGAGAUUAGCCUGUACUUUAACUGAUUUUUCUUGGGAGUAACGGAAUCUGUUCAUGGUCCUGGGAGGCCUGAUGUUCACCUGAGUCCUCUCUCUACUCCUUCUGGCUGCUGCUAGUCAGAUCAGGGAUGAGGAACCUGUGGUCCUCCAAAUGUUCUUGGAAUCCCAACUCCCAUCAUCUGCUGGCAUGACCAAUGAUUACUGUUUAUGGAAGUUCUGGUCCAAUAGCAUUUGGAGCACCAUUGGUUAUCCCCCCCACCAUCAACCAGAGGAGGGUCUGCUAAAUAGACAUUGUAAAAGAAAGCAAGUUUUUCAGGUUAAACGUUCUCCCUUAUUUGUACUGUACUUCUUUGCUAGUCAUUAAAUAUCAAUUAAUUUGAUGCUUUGGCUGCACUUCACGAACCUUGCUCUGUUGUGUUUUUAAAACGUGUUGCAAAGGUGCUAAAUAUCCUUUGUAACCUUAGCAAAUCUUAAGCUUCCACUGAUUUUUCUCAAGCUCUGUACCGUUUAGUUGGCAUUUUGGUGAACUUUGGUUUAGUUUGCUAUUUCCCUCUUUCGGUCCUAAAGAGAGAGAAAAUUAAUAGUCUUAACAGCAGAAGACACCGCAGCGUAUGAAAAGAACACUUCAUACUCUUGCUUUGAUACGGAGUGGACAUCUGGUAUGUUUCUGCUAAAGUGGCACAGUAAAGAUUUUACAGUGUGACUUUGUUCCAUUGGUAAAUACUGUUGCUUCUGGGCGUAAAAUGUGUGGUUUUAAUACUCUGUUAACAAAUUGUAUUUGUAUUUGCAUGCGGCUCUUCUACCAGUUGGUUCCCAUUUGGGUAGAUAAGCAACACAAACUCUGAAUUAAAAAAACGCCGUAAGAACAGCAAUUAAAAACAGUGGAUUGAAACUUUUAGCUUUUUUGGAUCCUGUAAACAAAGGAUGGGGAGCCUGUGGUCUUCCAGAUGCUCCCACAAUCUCAGACAAUCCCAGACAAUUGGCAAUGCAGGCAGGGGCUGAUGGGGGCAAGAGUCCAAAAGCACCUGAAGGGCCACAGAUUGGAGCAUGAACAGGGGUCCUCAGACAUGCUCCCUGCGUCAUCAGAUUACAUUUCCUUUUCAUCUGAGGGGAGUUUGCCUCAGUGCAGACUGACAAAAUGGGCAAGGGCUUGCUUUUGACUAGGCUUUCAACAUACUCUAAAGAAGUAUGUUGCUUCUGAAGCUCAGCAAAACUGCAGGGAAUGAGACAAGUAGCUUAAAUAAUGCAAACUGCCGCUAUGGAAAAGAUAGCUCAUGGAACGCUAGAUCUAGUUUCUUUGUUAUUUCUGAACUAUAUGAAAGUAUUUAGGCUGCAAUCUGAUGUGCAUUUAUCUUUGAACUAAGCUCCACUGAAUGCAAAGGGAGUGCCUUUCUCAGCACUUUUUCCUGGAGAUCUUUUGAACCUUACCAGGAAUUAAAUCAAAGAAUGUGAUCUACCUGUGAGCUUCACUUAAGUUGUGUUGGACCACCAUGAUAUAAAUAAUAGAACUGGGAUCCUUUGCCCCCCCCCCAGAUGUUGGACUCCAAUUUCUAUUGACACUAGCCAGUGGGCAGUUAAUGGGAGUUGCAGGGUUCAAAAUUAGCAGGGCUCCAGGCGCAUUUUCUGCCUAAAGAUUCUCCAUUUGCAAGCACCUCAAAAAGUCUGGGUGUCAUUUUUUGCGCCUGGCUGCCACUCAAGGAUUACUGAAAUGUAUGUGCUUUGAAGCCUCAAAGUGUAUGUUGUUGUUGUCGUUGUUGUUGUUGUUGUUGUUGUUGUUUAGUCGUGUCCGACUCUUCGUGACCCCAUGGACCAGGGCACGCCAGGCACUCCUGUCUUCCACUGCCUCCCGCAGUUUGGUCAAACUCAUGCUGGUAGCUUCGAGAACACUGUUCAACCAUCUUGUCCUCUGUCGUCCCCUUCUCCUUGUGCCCUCCAUCUUUCCCAACAUCAGGGUCUUUUCCAGGGAGUCUUCUCUUCUCAUGAGGUGGCCAAAGUAUUGGAGCCUCAGCUUCACGAUCUGUCCUUCAAAGUGUAUGUUAAGGAUAGACAAUAUGUUAAGGAGUUUAACAAUAAAGAGUAGCAUGUUCUGAAAACUGAAGUAUGGUACCAGUAUUUUUAUUGUAAACACCAAAUGAAACAUGUAUUAACAGUUUCUGCUAAAAGUGUGAUUUUAACAAUGUGUCACUUAUGUGAAUUGUGUAUUAGUUCUGCUUAUCAAAAUAAUAAAUAAAAAGUGUUGCCAACCUCUCCCUGCCCCCCCCCCCCGGUGACUAGACAUUCUGUUUUGGUGCCCCCCACCCAGGUCCCAGAAGCCGUUUAGCUCCUAGCUUUUCUGUCCCAGUUUCCAACACUGGGAAGUUGUAUUCCAACAACAUCUGGAGGGCCACGGCUUCCCCAUCUGUAGGUGCCUUUAUUUAGGGGAGAGGGAAGUUGUGCAGAAGAGAUGUUUGACAUUUUAAAGCUGUAACUUGAUUGCUGGAAACACUUGUGAGUUCUAAUUGCCUGUCCCCGCCCCAAAGCAAACCACUUUUCAAUGUAUCAGAAGGGAAGCUUGUGUGUUUAUGAAAUCUCAUAAUGAAUGCCUGUGCCUUCAAUUAUAUUUCAAGCAGUAGUCAAGCAGCUGCCUUGGGAGCAUCUGUUCAGUGUCAGUGUGCAACACAGAAAGUAACUGCGUUAUACCUGUCGUGAAAUUUAGAUGCUAAAUCCCUGCGGGUAACUCAGCAAAAUGAGGAACGCUCACAACCACUUAGCCUGAUACAUAUUUUCACAUAUGGCCAUAUUGGCUGCAAUUGAUAUUUCAGGCAUGCCGUCGUGUUGACUUGUGUGCAGCUACUGUUAAAUAGUAAACUUCAGUUGGCUGUGCAACUGUGAAAUGUAAUAUAUUUUUUUUUACAAGUGACCUUGCUCCUCUUCUCAUUUAAACAGCCCUGUAAGCUGAGAUACUGUGACAGUAAUAAGUUAUGAAUUUUAAUGAUGUAUUUUAACUGCCAAACUAGUUUACUCACACUGGCAUCUUCCAGCUUUCCCAGAGCAUUUUCCAUAUGGACAGUUGGUAGUUUAUCAAGCCGUUAAUCAAAGAAUACGGUCUGGGGAUAGGUUGCUCUGCUGCAUACUUAAAACAGGUCUGUUACAUAAAAAAGUUGCCUUCCUCUGAGUUAGACCACAGGACCAUUUCGCUCAGUAUUGGCCACACGGACUGGCAGCAGAUCUCUAGGGCAUGGGUAGGCAAACUAAGGCCUGGGGGCUGGAUGUGGCCCAAUUGCCUUUUUUUUUAAAAAAAAAAUGUAUUCAUUUUUCAUUUUCGUUCAUUACAUACAUCUCAAAUUCUUAACAUUUGCUAUCUAUUCCUCCCUCCCUCCCCUCCAAGACUUUCCCCAACUUGUGUUUCUGGUUGGUUUCUAUUUUCACCCGCUUUGCUAUCUCUCAACAGAAAAAGGUAUUAAUAACAUAACAUCAAACCUUGAAAACAUAGAAAUAAAAUUAAAUACAUCAUCUUAUUUCUCUGUCUUCCAAACAUUUUCUGAUGCGAAUAAUGUGAAUGUUUAUUUAAAUCCUGCCAUCGGGUCGAUUGCCUUUCUUUGUUUCUGCAAAUAUAAUAUGAAUGGUUCCCAAUCUUUUUCAAAGUCUCUGUUGUCUUUUUCUCUUAGUCUUUCUGUCAUUUUUGCUAGUUCUGCAUAGUUCUGCAAUCGCCUUCCAAAUCCGGCCCGCUGAUGGUCCAGGAAUCAGCGUGUUUUUACAUGAGUAGAAUGUGUCCUUUUAUUUAAAAUUCAUCUCUGGGUUGUUUGUGGGGCAUAGGAAUUCGUUCAUUUUUUUUUCUUUCUAGAAUAUAGUCCGGCCCCCCACAAGGUCUGAGGGACAGUGGACCAGCCCCCUGCUGAAAAAGUUUGCUGACCCCUGCUCUAGGGCUUCAGAUAGGGACCAUUUCCCAGAGAUGCUGGGGAUUGAACUUGAGACCUUUUGCAUGCAAAGAAGAUGAUCUGCGGCUGAGCUGUGGCCUUUCCUUAGCAUCACACCUUGCAUUUUGCACAUUUGCCCUUUACAAGUAGGUGCAAAACAGCAGUUGUGUUUCCUUACUUACAGCGUUACAACUGGGGAUAUUCUUAAACUCCUUAAGUCUAUAAAUGGAAUGUAGUAAGGAACAGAAUGAAAAAUCUACAUUUGUGGCAUUCACUUCAGCAUUGGCUGCAUUAAAUGGGAAAGCCUGGCCACAGCACAUCAUGCAUUAGUUAUUUCAAGAGUCAAUUACUGCAAUGAACUUUAUAUGGGGCUCCCCUUGAGCUUGAUCUGGAAGCUGCAGUUAGUGCAGAAUCCUGCAGCAUGAUUGCUGAUAGGAGUGAGACCUUGUCAGCAUAUAACCCUUGUGCUCUGGCUUGUCAGUUGUCUACUGGUCCAAGUUCAGUGUGUCGCUAUUAGCAUAUAAAGCCCUUAGCAACUUUUUAGCACCUGCUAAAAAUAUUUUUGUUUAGAUAAGCCUACCCAGAAAUCUGGAAUGUAGACGUGUGCUUUAAUCUGUUUUUAGGUUAUUGCUGGUUUUAAUUUUUGAAUGUUUUAACUGUGGAUAGCUCAGUUGGUAGAGCAUGAGACUCUUAAUCUCAGGGUCGUGGAUUCGCGCCCCACCUUGGGCAAAACAUUCCUGCAUUGCAGGGGAUUAGACUGGAUGACCCUCGUGGUCUACUCUUGUGAAAUAGUUGUUCCUAACUGUUUUUGCAUAUCUUUUUUAUUACCAGUGUGGUGUAGUGGUUAAGAGCGGUGGACUCGUAAUCUGGUGAACCAGGUUCAUGUCUCCGCUCCUCCACAUGCAGCUGCUGGGUGACCUUGGGCCAGUCACACUUCUCUGAAGUCUCUCAGCCCCACUCACCUCACAGAGUGUUUGUUGUGGGGGAGGAAGGGAAAGGAGGAUGUCAGCCGCUUUGAGACUCCUUCGGGUUGUGAUAAAGCGAGAUAUCAAAUCCAAACUCUUCUUCUUCUUUUUGUAAACAUCUUUAAUGCAGGUUUCCUUGCAAUCAAACAGCAUGCAAAUUUUAUUAAAUAAAUAAAUAACAGCAAGUCGUGGUUUAUUAUGAAUGAGCUGUAUUUGCUUCAGAUUCACUCCUCCUAUGUUGCCAGUGAGAUAAUAGCUUUCCGUUUUGCCCAAACCGGGAAUCAUGUUUAUUAAAAUCAAUCAUUUAUUAUAUUUUUAUCCCACCUUUUCCCUGGAGAGUCUUUGCCCUGGGGAAGACCUUGGUCUGUAUGCAUUGGGCAAUCUUUACAAAACUGAACUACAAUAUUUGAGCACCAGCUGGAGACCAGUUUCAUCCUUUCCUCUUCAAAGUUAUCAGCAGAUCCAGAAAGGUUCAGUCACUGCUUUUUCAAGCUCAUGCAGAUCAGAGACUGGGACAAAUGCUUCUUAUAGCUAGCGAGGAGGCAACAGUUGAAGUCUAGUUGUGUGAUCUCUUCCCCGGCCGAGUGCAUGGUUGACAUCCAGAUUUAUUGGCAGCAGAUUUAUUAAACUCUUUACAGUCAGCUAGAUGGUUUCUGCCUCACCCUUGAGGAAACGUGGCUCUAAUGAAAUCUGUCUUCCACAUUUACGUGGUAUUGCCAAAUAAAUAGGAGUAAUAAAGGGAAGACAUUAAGUUGAUGAUAUUGGUUCUUCCAUCUGAAACAAGAGCAGCUGAAUAAAACAUUUAAUAUAGCUGUUGCCUGAUAAUCAGGUUAGGGUUAAUAUUUGGCAUAAAAACUUAAUUUUUCUUGGUUCUUCUAAACUAAUAUGCCUUUGAAAUUAAGCAUUUGUCGUUAUGCACUUCAAAAUGUUCUGUAAUGUGCUGGUAACAUAUACUGGUGAGUGGCAUUACAGUGAAGGCUCUCAGAACUCUUAUUUGCUGGCAUGAUCUGCAAAGUCUAUAACACAGCUCACCCUGAUGUGCUUUAUAUAGUGCACAAAACCUUCUUCAGUGGUGUUUGCUUUGUAGCCCUUAUUUGAGCUGAAGAAAUGUAAAAUUUUCUGGGUAUUACAUUGUCAUAGGUGAAAUGGUUUGCAUUUUUCCUGAGUUCUCUUUGAUGAGGGCAUAUACAUAGAAGACCUGGAGAUGUAAGGAAGAUAACGGGAUUGUCCUUUGAUUUGUUUUGAAAGCACAAAAUAAAACUUGCACUUAAUUUCUUGGCAUAGCAGCUGCAGCACAUGUCUUCUGAGGUCAUAGAUUUUGCCAAACUUCUACAGGAGGUGACCGAGUUCCUCUUUUUCAUUUUGAGAUAGAAGGUUUAAUUUGUAUAUUCUUCUGUUUUAAAAAGCUGUUUAUAUAAUUAUAUAUUUUAACUUUUGAUUGAGAGCUUUGAUUCAGCUGGUGGGGUGGGGAAGGCACCCAGACUUAGUAAUAAAAUGUUCUAGUAUGGUGCUUGCAUUUUAAUGCCCACUAAAAUAAAAUAAAAGAUUGUUUCGGUGUCUCCGAGGAGGAUGCAUAGUUGAAACAUUUAGGCAAUUUUCAUAUAAUAAAUAAAGUGCCUGAAAAGUAGAAAUUUAAGUCCUGUUUCUCUCCUUUUUCUGUCAUCAUUACAUACAUCAAAAGUAUUGGAAUAAAGGAAAGCAAAUCAUAUGUAGCCUUUGGCGUUGGCUGAUUCUCAUAAAUGCAGAAAAUUGCAGACUGAUUUUAUUGCAAUACUGUUGAGAGAUUUUAUUGCUUUAGUAUGGAUUCAGUCCUUCCCAUUGGGUAUGAAUGGUCCCCCCCCCUUUUUUAAAUAGGGUGGCCAUCUCCUAAUCCCAUAUGCUCACUCAUAAUAUUUGAUCAAUCAAAUGGAACGUCGGUGUUUCUAAGCCUGGAAACAAGAUCUAAUUGUGGGUUUUAACAGCCUUCUCCUCCAUAUUGCCAGGUCUGCAGAGGUGCCUGGUUGUCCAGUGGAUUAAAAAUUUGAGACUAGCACCUAGGAAUCUGAAGGUGCAGAAUCCCACCCACCCACCUACCCUAUACUGUACUGCCAGUGAUAGGUAUGUUAAGCCUGGCCACAACUAAGGCGUACUUCAGUUAUACUCCACCCCCUUGUUGAUAGGGAAUUGAUUUUGCAUUUCUACUAAGGACCAGACUCAUGAACCUAUUACUGUAUUUUGAAAUGUAAAUAGCAGCCAAGAGGAAGUCUGAGUAGCCUCGUGACUGUAGGGAUCUGGACAAAAAACCCAUCUCCUUGGAGCGACUGUUUGCAUUUCAAGAGAAGCUUCCACUUUAUGUCCUCGGAGGUUUCCCUUGAAAUAUAUGUAGCAGCUUCAGAGAGAUGAUUUUUGUCAGGUCUGUGGCAGGAAGGAGAGGGAUAGGUCAGCUUCCAUUUUUCACACACACACAAUGGCCCCCCAAGCAUGCUCAGUUUUUCCAGGGACUGCAAUUUUAAUAAAAUUAAAGCUUGUGUAUUAAUUUCAUCCAUACAAUUAAUGCCUAGUUUGGCCCUAGGCAUGGGCAUUGUAUGUGACUCACUGUAUGGUUCUUCCCCUCUGCCAACCCUAGUGGUCACUCUUCUUCUUACUGGAAGGUGUCCAGAAAGUACCAUUGUCAAUUCCUUGUUGAGGGGUCAACACAGCGGAGCAUAAUGUAAACCCAAUAAUUGGACCAGAUUGAAGCGAUUGGAAAUAUCGCUUCCAAGAAAGAUGACUUUAAAAAUUAUUAUUCUUGUCUAAGCCACCAAGCUGCAGUAGACUGCUUACCACUGGGCAGCGACUUUCAGAUUUUUCUGCAAAUCAUAUGUAGACGGAUGCAGAAUUGAUGAGCAUCAACCUGAUGAGUGAACCAAAGAAUCUUGGCUUAGAUGUUUAGGAACAAAAAGGACUUGGAGGGGAAUUUUAGUGGUCAAGACAUAGACCCGUUUCUUUCUCUUUCUCGCUGUGUUUCCCAGUCUAUGCAUUUGUUCCCCAGAAUAUAAAAAAGGUGGCGUAAACCUAUACAAGUUGUUUGUUGUUACUACAUAAUUAGCUUAAAAGAAGCCACACUUCAUCCAAUUGCCAAGUAAACCUCAUUGGAAAAAUGUGAUCUGUUAAUGACUCCUGGCUUAUUAAAAGCAGUUUCCCUUGGAGUCAGUACUUGCACAUGAAUAGGAUUAUAUAAAACAUUGACUUGCAUUUCUGCCAGAGUUAGGAAGAACUGUGGGUCACACUUUUCAACUUGGCCUACUUUUCUUCUUUAAAAUAGGUAGCAGAGGAACUGUUCAAAUUUUCCUCCCUUUUUAAUUUCUUUCCCUUUGACAGUCUUGUAACAAAAGUAGCUAGAUGUAGUUCUUUUCUUCUGCUGUGGUUUGCACUAGCUGGCCAACUGAGCUUCAGUGCUUUGAGGCAAAAGUUGCACACAAUUCUGACUUCUGUUGCAAUGACUGGGGCUUAAUCCCUGCUGUGUAAGUGUUGUAUUUGAAGAGUUGGGCUAUGAUAAUCUAAGUCAGAGAAAAAUGGCCAUAGUGAUCAAAAGCUUGAAUACAAAUGAAUGAAAUAACAAGGGAAGAGAAUCCCAUUCAUAUUUUAACUCAGGAACUCUUGCCACGUACAUGUCAAAAUUUCCAUGAACUGUUUGAGCUAUGCAUGCCACUGUUGAAUGUUGCCCAAGGUUCAUUGGAAGAAAUCCUCCAUCUGAACAAAAUUAUUGACUCAAGGUCAAAGUGUAACUUUAAUUUUGAUAGUUCUAAAGAUGAGUAGCUGUCAAGUGUUAUCUGUGCACGUACAAGGGUGUGUGGUCUGUUCAAAGGGAUCACUGUCGGUAUGCAAGAUAUUCUGUAGAAGUUACAUAUUGCCAAUGACUAACAGUCAGCUGUGAUGGUUAUAUUUUGAAGAAUUUAUGGAAUAGAUUUGGCUGCCUGAGAAUCUCUGUCUGCUCCACCCCCACCUCUUUUUAGCAUUUUUUUCAUCUUUAGUUCAGUGUUGAAGUGGCAGAACAUCAGUCCCUCUCUACAGCUUCUCUAUCAUCCUUCAGUUCAUUUUUCCCUCUACCAUCUCAGUCCAUACCUCGUGUUAGAAAUUAACCAGGCUCCAGGCACAUUUUGCGACCGACAUGGGUCCAGUUGCGACCAUGUGGAGAUCUCUGGCUGCCAGGUUGGUAAUUGGGGAAAGCAAAAUACCACAUGGAGAAGGAUCUGAAAUAUUUUCCUUGAAGCUUGAACUAGUUUUUUCCCCCUGGAUUGUUUUAUUUGACGUUUUAAUGUGUUGUAAACUGCUUUGAGAUUUGUUAUUUAAUAUAUAAAGUGGUAUAGAGAUGAUGGUGGUGGUGAUGAUGAUGAUAAUAAUGAUAAUAAACAAUUUCAUUGUAAAAAAGAGAAGGCACCUGCCUAGCAGAGUGGGUGUGUACACAAAGAGGGACAGGAGAACCUGCUCUGAGCUGCCUGGAGGAAGGUCUGGGUAGAUAUGCUAGUAGCAAUUUCAAAUAUUGCAAGGACACAUGAUAAGGAAGCUAGUGGGUUUCUGUGCUCAGCAAUGCAAUGAAUUCUUCCUCCAGCUGGCUCCACUCAGUAGAUGUUUUAGCCUUACCAUAAAGUGCAAGGUAGCAGUUUGGGUUUUCUACAGAAGUAUGGGGGUUUUCCCCAUACAGGUACAUGGCUAUCUUUCAUUUAUGUCAGAUAAGGUGAAGGUCUACUCAUAGUCUAUAAGCAGGGCAAAAAGGCUAAAUCUGCCAGUGGCAGCUUGUAUUUAUCCCAUAAAAUUCAAUCUGACAACUGAGCCACAGAGGUUGAUGAUAGAUGCUGCUCUUCAUAAUUUAGCCCAGUCUUUGGUUGCAUUUCCUAGUUGUGUUGCAGAAUGCACACAGAGAAGUUGUGAGACUGGUUUUUUUUAAUAUUUGUAUUAUUUUAGUAUGUUAAAAUUGAAAGGUGGAAUGGAAUUGCUUUAUUGGCAUACUUUAUUCAAUCUGCAUGAUUUCAUUCUGAGUUCAGAAAUUAGAGGGGCAUUUACUUCUGAUUCUUGGCUGUAGAGCUGGGUCAGAGUUACUAGCGUUCUAUUCUUUUCUGGAUAAUGUCCCUGAAAUUGGGCAGACUUCACAGUGCAGAAUGAGAGCUGCUGUACCAUAAAUAAAGCAUCAUAGGAAGAUGCAGCAGGAGCUCCAUCUUUCACCUUUUUCUGGAGAGCUUCCCAACUCCUGCAUCCCCUUCUCUGGGAAGUCGGCCACACGUCAGCCACAACGCAUGCCUGCAUUGGAGAUGUCAGCCACUGGUAAGUUCAUUUCAUUCUUCCUUACAACCUUUCUGAAGGAGGUGCCUUCCCUGUGUUUUGGACUGCAACCCCCAUCAGGCCUUGUCAGCAUGGCUAAUGGUUGGAAAUGAUGGGAGUUGUAGUCCAACAACUUCUGAGAAACCAGCAGGUUGGGAUAGUCUGCCAUUUACUAUUUGCCCAUCUUUUCCACCUUAGAUCUUUCAGUUGACUUGAGACUUAAUGCUUUCAGUUGACUUGAGACUUAACGCUCACAGGAUGCUGGGUUUAUACUGGUUCUGUACAGUGAGGUUCAUGCAGAACCACUUUCAGAUUUCCUCAUGCUAGCCGGCCAUUGAUUCAUCAAAUUCACUACUGAUUGCCUUUCCCAUCAUCUGCUACCUGGUGGGAGAUGCUAGGGGUGAAAUCUGGGACAUUUUGUAUUCAAAGCAUUGCUCUACUACUGAGCUAUGGCCCCUGAGGAUGGAUAGUUGCUAUCUUUGGAGAGUUCCACCUGUGGGCUCCAUUAUGUAUACAGUUGUACUCUGGAUCCCAAAUGCCUUGGUAUUCUGACAUUUUUGAUUCCGAAUGCCACAAACCCAGAAGGGAGUGUUCCUGUUUGCGAACAUUCUUUGGAACCCGAACGUUCAGCGUGGGUUCUGCGGCUUCCGAUUGGCUGCAGGAGCUUCCUUCAGCCAAUCAGAAGCCACGCUUUGGUUUCCGAACGUUUUGGAAGUCGAACAGACCUCCUGAACAGAUUCCAUUCAACUUCCAAGGUACGACUGUGUUCCUUAAUGUCUGUCCUCAUGUUCAGCACCUUUACAAGAGGCUAUGAGGCAAGGUCACUGGUGUGCCUGGGCCCCAUCUGCACAAUGCAUUUAGAUCAAUAUCUUGCCACUUUGAACAGUCAUGGUUCUAUUUCCACUUCCAGAUUUUAACCUCGCAAGAACUCUGUGAGGUAGUGACUGGCCCAGAUUACCCAAAUAGCUUCAUGGCUGAGUUGGGUAUUUGAGCCUGGGUCCUCCAGUCCAAACUCAAGGCUGGACUGCCAUAGUUCAGGUUUCUAGUUCAGGUUUCUCCCCUUGCUGUAUGGCUACCAGCUUCAUCAUGGCCUCCCACCUAGAUUUUGUUGGUUUGGGGUGGACAGUGUAUUUUGGUGAUAAUUAGGAAAACAUUUUUAAUAAUGCUGCUUUCUAUUUUCAGGUAGUUCUCAACAGAGUGGAAUGCAGAACAGUCCUGAAGAUGAGAGUUCAGACAUGAUUAAAACAUGUUGUCAAGCUGCUGAUGACAUCCAUGGGCCCAGCACAGCUCAUUGCCAAAGAGAGAGGCUGUGGCAAGCAAAACUGGAAGGUUCAAGAGGAACUGCGCCUGGGAGAGCAGAAGACAGCCAAAGUGUGUGAGAAGCCAAAAGGCUGGACUUCUCUACAAUCUCGUGUUGUGCUGAAAGGAGUAGAUCCAUGAGAAUAUGCCCAGAUUAAUGAUGGGCUAAAGCGUGUGGUGGAGGUGGUUGCCUGGUUCAGACAUCACAGAGUUACUCCGUGGUUUGUUGGAGCAUAAAAGACCCGUGAGCUAUAGUGCUUGCUCCCUUCUUUUGCUUCUGAAGUCCUUCCCUGCAGAGGAAACUUACUAGUUUCUAAACCACAUUUUCCUUGAAGCCCAGGAAACUGUGGUUAAAAUGUAAUCUUCAAAUCAGGAUCAGGUCCUGGUUUUACAAUCUUGAUUUGUACGGAGUUCUUAAACCAUGAUUUCCUGGUUCAGACACUGGAGGAAAGUGCUGUUUAAGAAACCAGAAGGUCUCUACGGCCAGGUGUACAGGAGGUGGAGUGAGAGAGUUGAGUGUACACAAAACCUGUCGCUGUUAAUGCUUGUUGAUGCUUUAACAUAUCAUGGUUUGUUGGAGGGGCUUUUUACAUCUGAAGCAGGCCAGUGCAUUGCUUCCGUCCCCUUCACAAGCAAGGAAACAUUAUGCAAUCCUUGCCUGGCUCUUGUUUCCCCACAGCUUUGCCCUGCGUAUGACAGCAAGAAGAAUCUAGGCUUUUACAGCAGUUUGGCAAAGCCCUUUCCAACUCCCAUAUGAAGAAGGCUGCUGAAAUAUCAUUCACAGAUUCCCAUAGAGUGCUUGCUAUCGGCGGCAGUGGGUGGAAGGAGCAGAAUACUCUUGGGGUGUUCUGCAGAGCAAUGCCUGUGAAAAUUAUGUGCAGAUGGAGUGGAGCCUGCGUCAUUGGCACGUGUGGUGCCAGAAGUAGCAAGACGACAGUGAAGCCCUGUGAUACAGCAGAAGCAUACAGGACCUCAUCCUUCUGGAAAUGUGGGUAGCGCUAAUGGGCUUUUUCUUGCCUAUUCUUGCCUAUUGCAACAAGAGCUAGAAGUUUGCCUUUCGUAUCCAUUUCAAAAGGCAUUUUCAGGACUGCAGAUGCUACCAGACUUCAGUACAUUUUAUCGCUGAAAGUACGUUUUGCAGCAUGCUACCAUGUCAGUUUCUUGGCAGUUCUUCAUUCCACAAAAAAACAGAAGCAGAAGUGUUGAGAGUGGGGCAUCGCUUUUAGUCCUGUUCUCCCCGCACCGUGUACCCAGGCUUGCUGGUACUGCUGUUUUCCUUUGUGAACCCUUUCUAGCUCCAGAUGCAAAAAAGGAUGCAUCUGGCAGAGCCUUUUGCCCUUUCCUGUGGCCAAGGAAAUGCAGUGGACAUCGUCUAAGAAAGGGAACUUGAACAGUUUAGCACUUUUAACAGCCAUAGUAUGUUGCUUCAUUUUCCAAGACAGCUGGCUACCAAUCCCUGCCCAGAUAUGUCAGAGAUGAGGAGCCUGAAGCCUUCCAGAUGUUGUUGGAUUUCAGCUCUCACCAGCCCCAGCCAGCACAGUCAGGAAUGAUGAGAAUUGUAGUCUAACAUCUGGAAGGUUACAGGUUCCUUCUUCCCUGAGAAGAUGUACAAGGUAGGUGGCCGUGGACCACUGACCUGGUAAACUGGCCACUCGCCUGGCCUGGCUAGCAAGCUUCCUGACUGUAUUUACCUAAAUUAAAGAUGUUGUGAGAAACAGACAUUGAAAUGCGCCCCCCCUCCAAUUUCCGAAACCUUUAUUUAAAAUGUAUAUAUUCCAUACUCUUAAUGGCUGUGCCACGCUGGCUGUCGAUUGCACUGCAAAAUCUCCCAGUUAUAUUUCAGUUCUUGCAGCUCCUGUUCUUGCAUACCUUGUUUGCCUUCCCAAGUGUCUUAAUGUGCUUACAUGCAUUGGAUUCUCCUUCAAGGUGUGCAUUUAGUUUGCCUCUCUGUCAUCCUCCAACAGUCUCUCCCUUUGAAAUACCUUUCAGUUGUUGUUGUCAAAAAUCGUGUUGGUUUGGCAUCAAUACUGUUCAGAUCUGGGUGUGUCAGAAUCCGACAGAGGACCAUCUUGAGAUUGUCUCCCAUGUGAAAAGCUUUCCCUUUCCCUGUGCGUUGCUAUAUCUUCACUGCAGGGGUGGAAGACCUGUAGUCCUCCAGAUGUUGAACUACAGUUCCCAUCAUCCCUGACCAUGGUGACUGGUGCUCAUUUGGAAUGGGAGUCAAGCAACAUCUGGAAGCGGACAGGUUCUCCAUCCAUUCUUUGUUGUGUCGAAAUAUAACGUGUUAGCAGCAAAUGCAGGCUAGCUAUUGUAACGCUACUAACGCCCCAGUUUAUUUACCUCUCCCUGGAUGGUCUUUGCUGGCAAUUUUUUUGCAUGGCUUAUCAGGCGUUUUAGUGAUUCUUGGUGACAAAGAGUUGUUUACAGUAGUUCGUUGGACUGUUAAAAUUAAAAUGCAGAUCAAACAAGAAAAAAAAUCCAGCACUCAGCAGCAAGAUUGGCAACAGAUGUUUUUAUAACAUUAUGAAAGUCUUAAGUUUACAAGCAGAUCAAGUGGAACAGAGCUACAGAAGGGCUAUACUGGGGCCAAGGAUUGUGUUCGGUAAAAUUCCACUACUGCUCACAAUGCCAUUAACAGUUUCUUUAAAAAUUGGGGCAAUGUAUCCCUUACAUUUUGGUAUGCCAAUUCUUUUCAGUCUAUAGCCUUGCUUUCACUCCAAAAUAAAUCUGUGAUCUGUAGUUAAGUACUUAUGGGUGGGUUAUUUUUUAUUUUUAUUUUUGGCUUUCUCAAGAAUAGUCCAACUUAGCAAGUUUCUGGAAUAGAAAUGGAGUCCCAGUUACAAAGUGUGAAAACACUGAAUCUUGCAUUUUGUUCGAAGUUCUUCACACACAUCUCUUUAAAUUUCCAGGGUUUCCUUUCUCCCAUUCAGGUUAAUUGGUUCUCUUUAGGCAGUUUUAUUAACGUUGGCUCAAAAUCUGUCCGCAUUUUGCACAGAAAGGAUUUAUAGGAACUUUCCUUGACCAAAAUUGGAUCUUGUUGAGGCGUUAUGUGUGCAGGGAGACCCAUUCAGAAAAAGGGGGAGAAGGCCAAGGUUUUCUUUGGGUUUUGUAAAUUGACUACUUUCUGACCCACUUAUUUUUAAAAUGGGAUGCAGGAGCUAAUUCCCACAAAAGUGUAGAGUCUAGAUGUUCUCACUCAAUAUUGCCUUGCUUUUAUGUUUUUAAUAUUUUUCUUUCUUGGCUCUCUUAUUUUGAGAGUGGAUCCUGUCUUGGGUCACAUCCACACCAUAGAUCUAAAGCACAUGGCUUCCCCAAAGAACGGUGGGAACUGUAGUUUCAUCCCCCACAGAGCUACAAUUUCUAGCACUCUUAAAUUACAGUUCCUGAGAUUCUUUGAGGGGAAGCCAUGUGCUUUAAAUCUGCUUUACAUGCGUAGAUGUGACUUCGUUUCUAAUUCUGUCAUUACUACCUGUUGGAGACUCAGAUGAAAUUUCUAGCCUGCCUUUUGGAUCCUGUCAUAAAACAGUUUAAAAGGAACAGGAUGAUGAAGAAAGCCACAAAAUAUGGAACCACCCAGAACCUGAUAAGUAUGUCAGUCAGUUGAGUAUAAAUGAUGUUGACGGCUGAAACAGCCAGGUUUUCACAGCUUGCCAGAAGCCAAGCAGAUGGGAAGCCCGGCAGUCAGUCUUCCUCCAAAAGGGCAUUUCAGGGUCCGGGUGCCAUGACCGAAAAGGCUCUAUCUCUUGUGCUUGCUUUGCCAAAUGUAAGAUGGGCAGAAAACAAAGAGCAGGGUUUUUGUUCUGAGGCAGCGUUGGGGUACCUUUCUCAGCCCCAAGGGAUACAUUAUUGCUGACCUGCUCCUGACACCCGCUUUUGACUUGUGGUCCCUGGGGAGACCCACAAGGGACAGAUAGAAACACCUUAGGAGUCUUGUUUGGCCCCUCAGCCUGAGGUUCCCCACCCAUUUUCCAAGUGCAUAGCCAGGGGGUGGACUAGUUCUUGUGCUUAUAGGGGCAGAGAGGGUCCUAUGUCCUUUCUGUGCUGUUGCUUGCUGUUACUAGCCACCUGGCACAUGCAUUUUGAAGAGGGCAAGCCUUCAGAGAAGCCUUGCAAGCUUGGUUCAAACAACUUUUGACCCACUUGUGUUGGUCAGGAAGCCUGUGUCCUUGUUCCACAGAGCUCCUGUUCUGAUGAAAGAGCUCUGAGCAACUAUGAAUCUUGAGACCCUGCUCGUAUAUUUGUGCACGUGUGUAUUAAAAAUGGAAUCAUGUCGAUGGACUCCCCUUGCUGGGACAACUAACAUAGCAUCUGAGUUGCACAGAGCACUGCCUAGUAUUCAUGUCUGGGGUUCUCCUUGGUAGCCUAACUGAAGGUGACUUUCAGAUUUACGAGUACUUGCAUGCAUGUAUACUGCCCGUGACUGUAAUAAACACCAUAAAGUGUGAGCAGGAAGAGUGUGUUGGGUGCCUGGUUUGAAAAACAACCAACUCAGUGUUCUGAUGUGUGUCUAUAGCAGAUCCCUGUGUUAGAUAGUCUCAUUCCCUGCAGAACAGUAUUCAUUGGCAGAUACCAAUUUGUACCCUGCUUUGGUACAAUACACUUUGAGGUAUCCCAAAACUCUGGGCUAUUUUGUGAAGCUAAUUGUUGGAAGAAGGCUCAUUGUUUUUGCUAUUAUGAUAUUUAUUUUUGAGCUUUUAUAUUGUAAACUGCCUUAUGAUCCUUGGAUGAACAGCAGUAUAAAACUUUAAUAAAUGCUACUGCUACUACCACCAUGUGAAAUUGUUAGAUGUUUUUCAAACAUGAAGCAACUCAAAAGGAAAGGUAUAGGCCAGCCAGAUUUUGGAGGAAAGGGGUCGAAUUGGAGAUAUGUCAAGGUGACUGCUUAAAGCUGUAAUAUUAUACUCCUUACCUAUGAGUAAGCCUCUUUGAACACAACGCGGGUGGUGUCUGAGUGUAGAAUUGCACUGUAAAUAUAAACACGGGAAGACUAGAGUAUCGGAUGAAAGGGCAUUCACAUGAGGGGCAGCUGGAGGGGGGCAAGGGAAUUAGUUAGGUGUCCUUUGGACAUUGGUAGCUGUAGAGGAAAAAUGUUCAGGGAAGAGCCUAGAAAGAAGAAAAAACAAUUGCAGAGCAUCAAGUCAGUGGAAAUGUCUGAAAACACACAAACUUAAAAUGAAGACGAGAACAGAGAAACCAGCAAAGACCAGUGAGAAGUAUGUAGGGACAAAACCAGGGCGGGAGGAAAAGAGGGAAAUGGACUAAUCAUUUUUAGUAGUGUCCGUAGCAACUGAUGGCUAAGCAGCUGAAAAAUGCUCUCCUGCCAAUGUUAGUGACAAAGCAAGAAUCCGUUUGCAUGGGGUUUAGGGACAAGCUUGCUCUUCACCUAUCCGUGCCCCCAGCCCCCAGGGCAGGUACCUCCCACUUUGUGAGAUGUGGGUUUUCUGUAAUUUGGGAGCUUGUGCAUGACGGGGAUCACUUUACAUAUCUGCGUGAAGCUAAAUAUAGCUGCCUUACGCAGGAGCAGAACAGCUGUGUGGUCAUUGUAGCUUCUGGCCCAGAGCGAGGGCCAGAACUCGUUUAACUGGAAAGGUAGAGCUUGGAGAACACACUGUUGGCUCAUGCAACAGGCUGGUUACUGGCCUACGUCAACGGUGUCUUUAAAGUUACUUGACAUCUCUCUCUUUCUCUCCUUUUCUCGGUGUGUGUUCUCCCCCUUGCAGCCUCUUGCCAUUACGAAAACCCAACGUUCCGGAUUUCAGUGGCAGUUGUGAUUUGCCACAGUGCUGGGGUGUGUGUGUGUGUGUGUGUGUGUGUGUGUGUGUGUAAAUCAUUUCUAGCUCAGUUCAGUAUAUUAGCUACGGGACAGGCACUUAAUUAAACUUUGUGCUAGGCAAGAAUACCCUUCGGCAUGAGUCCAAAUGCUACGCUUCGGUAUGCAAGAGCUCAACAAAGUCGUCUUUAUGCUUUCCAGAGUGCUGCCCGAGAGUGACUUUUUUCAGUGCCUGCCAGUUCUAUCUUGUCUGGAGGCAAACGUUUGGGGAAAUGUGCUAGAUGCCCCUAAGUGGUAGAGGGGCUGGAAUAGCUUUAAAUGUCAUUGUGUUAAAGCCCAGGUGGCCAUUUUUUUUCUCCUCUUGUAACUUGAAAGAUCAAUGUGCCGGAUUGCCUUUAUUUUAUUUUAUUUUAAAGUUUGAUUUAUUUAUUUCAUUUCUGAAUCACUUCUCACAAGGCACCCCAAAGCGAUUUACAGUAUAACAUACCGUAUUUUUCCGUGUAUUAGAAGAGGGGUUGUCCAAUACAUGGGUAGUGGCAUGGGGGGGGGUAGAAGCGGUGUGCCCGUCAGCCAGCCGGUUGGUGGGAGUGCAACUUCCCCCAAUGCUGCCGGAGUGGGAAACGAUCUAGGGAGUGUUUCCUGCACGCAGCUGUGUGCGGGGAGAAGCUGCGCACUGCUAGCCAGCUGGCUGGCUUCCCCUGAUGCCGCUGCGUGCGGGAAACACUCCCUAGAUCAUUUCCCAUGCGUAGCGGCAUUGGGAGAAAUUGCACUCCAGUCAACCGGCUGACUGGCUUCCCCUGAUGCCGCUGCGUGCAGGAAACACUCCCUAGAUCAUUUCCCGCACGCAGCGGUACUGGGGGAAGUUGUGCUUCAGCCAACCGGCUGCCUGGCGGGAGCGCAACUUCCCCCUAUGCCACUGCACGCGGGAAACGAUCUAACGAGUGUUUCCUGCCCACAGCUGCAUGGGGGGAGAAGCUCAACAACUUUGGGCCAUCUCCCCUUAUUUUCUUAAAACUGAGCCCCCCAAAAUGGGAGGUUCUUAUACAUGGGGGGCGUCUUAUAGAUGGGAAAGUACAGUACAUAAAACAAUUGCAUAUGUAAAAUCAAUUCAGUUUGAAGACAGAUACCAACCGGGAUAAAGGUUUUAGAAGGUUUGUUGAAAGUGGAACGUACGUCUUUAGCAGGUGCCAAAACGCAAUAGAGAAGGCAUCUGUCUGAUAUGCAAUGGGAGGAUACUCCAAAGGGCCGGUGUUUCUAAGAGCAUGAAGAAUGGACCUCUUGAUAUGAUGUAACCUGCAGGAUGCCCUCUCCUGUAGAAUGCAAUGAUCACUUGGGCAUGCAGGCAGUGAGCUGCUCUUGGAGGUUUCCUGGUCCCAAGCUGUGUAGGCUUUGUACACCAUAUACCUAGCCUGUUGUCUAAUUGGCAGCUGGUGCAACUAAUAGCAGUUGUAGGGCAGUUUGCAUUGUAGACUGUGUUCCUGGAGGAAGUUUUGGUGUUCCCCAUGGCACCUUACAAAGUUUCAUAUAAGCUAACUGGGCCAGUUCUCUUCUCUCCAGGAGCUCACACAUGACAACAGCAGUCAACUCUUUUUGUGAACAUAGUUGCAGGACCACACUAAUUUAGUAAUGCACACAGUGGUUAUUGCGCAAAUAAUAGCUCUGUUCAGGUGUUUGCUGAACUGUCCUGUUUCCAGGGUCUCUGCCAGCGGUGAGCUUUGUGUGUUGAGAAGGAAGAUCUGGUGGAGGAGUCUUUAUGCUUUCAGCUGAAUAAUAGGCCUGUCCUUUAAGACCAUUCGGCCAAAUGCGUGAAGAUCAUUCCUUCACACCUACCCCACAAUGCCAAUAGGAACAGGGCAAUUGGGCUGGAGCUGGCCUGCGUGUGUGGCCACAUUGAGACACUCUUCCCAACAGUGCUCCUUGUCUAUGGCCUCCUAUGCUUUUUUGCCUGCAUUUGUGGAUCUCUGGAAAGGCACAGUCUGUAAUGGCUGUGAUAUUUUCAUGUCAGAGCAUCUCUAGAGACUGACAUGCUUUUACGGUGCAAGUGCUAAAGGAGUGUGAUGAUUUCCCAUUCUGAGAUACUAGUAACUUCCAAAUGUGAUGUACCUUGAUGCAUCCUCAGUAAAUAGCUGCUAGUUAAAGAGGGGGAAAGGCCAAAGAGUAUUCAGAUACAUUAGAAAUGUUCUCCUCAUUGAUGGAAUAAUAAGUCAGUCUCUGACUGGUGCAUUCUGUGCCUUGAUUUUCCUCUUAAGCAAGUGAUAAUGUGCUUUACACCAUGUCUGGCAAGAGCUGAAGGUUGUGGAGGUAAGAUUUAUGAGUUCAGGACACAAAAGUCUGAAUAUGCUUGCCUCUUAAUCUGUAAACAGAACAACCUGCCCGAAGCCCAUUUGAAAUAAAGCCUCCAUCUAUCAUGCUGUGUUCUGAAUAUACAUUCUCAAAUUACAUCUUAAGAAGCCUCAACAGAAAUUGGCUGUAUUCAGAGCAAUACUAGUAAGGUACAGAUAUAGGGAAUACCUGCACCUCUCUGACUCCGGAUAUGGAUAUACAUUUCCUCCCUAGUAUUAUUAAUGUGGAGGUCUUUUUAAAACAUCCGCUCUAAAUGCAACCUAAUGGUUACUCAGACAAUAUUAUUACAUUUUCAGACUGUGUGUGUGUGUUUUGAAUGGAGUCCAUAUUUCCCUUGUCACACAUCAUUUUUAUUGCCAACUGUUUCCCACAUGCCCGUUCAUGAUACUUUAAAAAAGGAGGGGGGUUAUGCUGUAAGAUAAAGCAAUAUUGAGUAAGGUGAAGCAGUAUUGAGAAAGUUAACUAAGAUAAAUGUGUAUGAGGCUUAGUUAUCUCAAACAGGUGAGGACAUCAGCUUGUAUCUGGCCUGUGCCACUUCAGAUGGAUGGGGCGGGGCAUGGGGGGUCUCUUAUGAAUGGCUGCACGGCACUUACUCUCUGUACCUAGAGAAAACAUAGAAUCAUAGAAUUGUAGAGUUGGAAGGGACUCUGAGGAUCAUCUAGUCCAACCCCAUGCAAUGCAGGAAUCUCAUACAUUCCCUAUACAGUCGUACCUUGAAUCUCGGACACUUUGGCUCUUGAACAAAUUGGCUCCCCAACAAUCAAAACCUGGAAGUUUGUUUUCCGGUUUACGAACGAUUUUCGGAAGCCGAAUGUCUGGCGUGGCUUCCGAUUGGCUGCAGGAUCUUCCUGCAGCCAAUCAGAAGCCACACUUUGGUUUCCAAACAUUUUGGAAGUUGAACAGACUUCUGGAACACGUUCCGUUCGACUUCCAAGUUACGACUGUACAUGGAAAACUCAUAUGUCAAGGAGAAUGUUUCUUUCAUAGCCUCCCUGACAUUCUAAGUAUCUAUGAAUAAUAAUUGGUUUUUCUUUACAGCAUUCCAUCAUGAGAGCUCCAAUCAGCCGGCCGGGAGUAGUUGUACCUUAUUGCCUAUUUGUUUUUAAAUCAAAGGAUUUAUUUUCUCACAAACAUCUUCUGAACCAUCUUUAGGCAGUGGUUCACCUCUUAAAUCAAGCCGAGGGACAAAGCUGCCUUUCCUAGGGACUAGAAUAAGGAAGAGAUUACAGUGGUGCCUUGCAAGACGAAAUUAAUUCGUUCCGCGAGUUUUUUCGUCUAGCGAAUUUUUCGUCUUGCGAAGCACGAAAUCCCAUAGGAAUGCAUUGAAAUCCAAUUAAUGCGUUCCAAUGGUCAAAAAAAGUCCAAACAAAGCCAAAUUUGGUACAACAAGAGUUUAUUAAGUGCUCUUUAAAGUCACACAUACUGUAAAGAGCAUUUCAAAAAUUGAAGGAACAAUAAAUUAAGUUUCUAAACAUGACAGGAAAAACAUUUAAAAAUCAACAAAGUGUACAUUACAUUUUCUAAGACUCUGGGGACCACUCGAAGAAGGUUCCUCUUCCACUCUUUGCUUCUUGCUGAAGAACCUGUCCAUGGUCUGCUGCUUCAUCCGCCUUUUCAGCACCUCCCUGAAAGGCGACAUGACCGUCGUAUCAAAAGUGUUCGCAAGGUCAUGUGCCACGUGCUUGUUAGGGUGGUUCCGCUCUGCAAAAGCCUGCACAUCCUUCCACUUCAUGCAAAUGUCCCUCAGUUCUUUGGAGGACAGCCGUUCCUCAGUUGCUUCCUCCUCUUCCAGCGAGGCCUGCUCCUGCGCAGCCUCUGCCUGCAGUUCGACCAGCUCCUGGGUGGUCAGCUCGUGGUCGUGCUCCUCCACCAGCUCGCAGACGUCCUCCUCUGUGACCUCCAGGCCCAUGGUCCUCCCCAAGGCAACAAUGUCCUGCACCACUGUUGACUCUGGUGCAUCAGAGUCACUUGGUGCCACACAGUCCGGCCACAGGCUGCGCCAAGCGCAAUUCAAAUUUCUCUGGCUGAUCCCUUUCCAGGCCGUGGUGAUCAUCUUCAAGCAGGUGACGAUGUCGAAGUGGUCCUUCCAGAAUUCCCGCAGGGUGAUGGUGGUGCAAUCAGUCACCUCGAAGCAUCGCCUGAAAAGCUCCUUGGUGUAGAGUUUUUGAAAUUGGCGAUGACCUGCUGAUCCAUCGGCUGGAGCAGUGGCGUGGUGUUAGGCGGCAGGAACAUGAUGUUGAUGAAGCUGAACUCCUCCAACAAGUCCUCCUCAAGGCCUUUAGGAUGAGCAGGAGCAUUGUCCAUCAGAAGCAAAGCCUUCAGCGGCAGGUCGUUGUCCAGCAGGUACUGUUUGACAGCAGGGCCAAAAGCAAGAUUGACCCAGUCCACAAACAGCACACGUGUGACCCAAGCCUUACUGUUGGAUCGCCACAUGACACUCAGCUGCUCCUUGUCGACCUUGUGUUUCUUGAAGGCCCGUGGGUUCUCCGAGUGGUACACCAGCAGGGGCUUGAUCUUCAGGUCGCUGCUUGCGUUGGCACAGAAGAGCAGGGUCAGACGGUCCUUCAUGGGCUUGUGGCCAGGCAACUUGGCCUCCUCCUGAGUGAUGAAAGUCCUUUUGGGCAUCCUCUUCCAAAACAGCCCGGUCUCGUCGCAGUUGAAGACCUGCUGUGGAACGUAGCCCUCCGUCUUCACAGCCUCCAGGAACUCCAAUGCAAAGUCUUCAGCCGCAGGAACAUCAGAACUGGCAGCCUCUCCAUGCCUGACCACGCUGUGGAUUCCAGAUCUUGUCUUGAACCGGUCAAACCAGCCUCUGCUUGCCUUGAAGACUUCUGGCUCGCCUGAGGUUCCUGGCUGUUCCCGGACGAGGUCUGCGUGCAAGGCCUUGGCCUUCUCACAAAUCACGGCCUCAGUCACUGUGUCCCCUGCACGCUGCUUCUCUUCUAACCAGAUGAGCAGCAACUUCUCCACCUCCUCCAGAACAGCUGGGCGGUUCUUCAUGAUCCUGGUGACUCCCUUGGCUGCAUCAGUCGCAAGGAUCUUCUCCCUCAUCUUCAGGAUGGUGCCGAUGGUCGAUGGGUUCCUGCCGUACUCCCUGGCGAGGUCUGUCACACGCAUUCCACCGUCGUGCUUCCGGAUGAUCUCCUUCUUCAUUUCCAGCAUCACCUUCUCCUUCUUCCUCUCGCCGGCCUCUGCAGCAGCAGUCUUCUUGGGUCCCAUGGCAGCACAGCUCCUAGCUUCGUAAACUCAGGGAAAAAAAAAAUCAGUGCUUCACACCCAAAAAAUUCAAAAGCACCCAGCCACCCACCACACAGGAAUUCAAACCCAGAACCAAGUCCUUGAAUUCCAAACACCCAACCCAAAAUCCAAAACCCCCCCAAAAAGUUUUAAAAGUUUAACUUACGAAAUGGCUGCAAAUCACCAAAGUCGUCAAAAUCCUCAAAUGGCUUCACAAGAAGUUUUGGAAAAGCUUUAAAAAUCACCAAAGUCUUCAAAAACCUCAACUGUUCCCCCAGCCACCCACCCACCACACAGAAAUUGCAAACCCCUCCCCAACUGCUGCAAACCCCUCCCCAACUGUUGCAAACCCCUCCCCAACUGCUCCCCCAGCCACCCACCACACAGUAAUUCAAACUCAGAAUUUUUUUGGGGAAAAAAACAACAUGGCCCAAUGGUCACAGAAAAUCAUAAAAAUUCAAAAAAACCCACACAAGCUCCCAGAUUCUUGCAAACCCCUCCCCAACUGUUCCCCCAGCCGCCCACCACACAGAAAUUCAAACCCAGAAUUUUUUUUUGAAAAAAAACAACAUGGCCCAAUGGUCACAGAAAAUCAUAAAAAUGCAGAAAAAACCACACAAGCUUCCAGAUUCUUGCAAACCCAUCCUCAACUGUUCCCCAGCCACCCACCACACAGAAAUUCAAACCCAGAUUUUUUUAAAAAAAACCCAGCAGAGUGCCCCAAUGGUCACAGAAAAUCAUAAAAAUUCAAAAAAACCCACACAAGCUCCCAGAUUCUUGCAAACCCCUCCUCAACACCAAGUCCUUGAAUUCCAAACACCCCAACCCAAAAUCCAAAAACCCCCAAAAAAGUUUUAAAAGUUUAACUUACCAAACGGCUGCAAAAGGAAGUUUUGGAAAAGCUUCAAAAAUCAGCAAAGUCCUCAAAAACCUCAAAAAGGCUACCACACCGCGUGCAAUGUGUUGCUCCUCGAAGUCAAGUCGCAACUGCACCUCUUCAAGCAAUGCACCCUGGGUAUUAACGGUUUUACGAAAAAGGAAACAAACUUGCAAGACGUUUUCGUCUUGCGAAGCAAGCCCAUAGGGAAAAUCGUCUUGUGAAGCAGCUCAAAAAACGGAAAACCCUUUCGUCUAGCGAGUUUUCCGUCUUGCGAGGCAUUCGUCUUGCGGGGCACCACUGUAGUUGCAUCCUGUGGAUGCAGUGCAGGUGUGGGGGAACAUUUGGUGCUCUAGAAGUUGCUGAACUGAAACUCCCAUCAUCCCUGGCCUUUGGCCAUGCCUGCUGGGGCUGAUGGGAGUUGUAGUCCAGUGACAAGUGGAGAGCCAAAGGUUCUUCACAACUGGUGUAGAAGAUCUGAAAUGGUUUUUCCUCCAAUGUUGUGUUCAAAAGCCACCCCCUAGAAAUCCUCUUUUCCAAAUUCGUGGAGGAGGAUUUAAAACUGGAUCUUUAGCAUCCGUAUUUGACAACUCUGUGAGGCAGGUUAGGCUGAGAGCUAGGAAUUGGUCCAAUAUCACCCAGUGGAUCUCGACCAGCAUCCUAACCAUUGCACCGAACUACCUCUUUUUUGAGGUUGUAGAUAGGUUUGUAACUUGCAGGACAGCAGUAAUCCCCAAAACUGCUGAGAAUCUUUCAGAUAAGUUGGUGAAAGUGGCUGCUGGAGACUAACUGAUGUAAUGCUGUUGACAUUCUACUGAACUUUAACUGCUGUAUGUAAUUGUGUGUUACUGGAAGAACUUGCAGUGACCUUUUGGUUAAUACACAUAAACUGUCUUUGACUUUGUCUCUCUUGAACCUGCUGCCUUUCAUUGAUUCUCAUUGGAUGCUUGCAAUUUCCAGUAUUAUGAAGUAUUUUAUAAAGUCUAGCCUUUAGUUCAUCUUCCCCUACCUCAACUGAAAAUCCCCAGACACUGCCACCUUUCCCUGCAGGGGAGAUCGUGCAACCUGUUCAUCAUUUUCUGGUGCCUUUGCCAUAAACCUCUUCAGGCUCUAAGGCACCUGCUUUUUGGAGAUUGGGCAAACCAUGCAUCCAAGAUACUGGGUUGUAGCCAGCUAGCUUUUACUCAGAUCCAUUAAUUUUAAUAGGUCUACUCUAGGUUGGUCUACUGGGUACUAAGAGCAAAGCAUCCCAGAGUUCCCUGGGAAGAGGGAUGGAUUGAUUAAAUCACUCAGGGAACUAUUUCUCUGGGAGAGGAAAUAGGGGUUUCCUAACAACUCUCAGUGCCCUUAACACUUCCCAGGAUUCCUUGGGGGAAGCCCUGGCUGUUAAAUUGGUAUCAUGGUGAUUUAAAUACUGCAGAUGUUCCCCUAAGUAUAAGGCAGCUUCCUGUGACUCUUGGUAUGGCUCCAUAGGACAUAUUUAUUCAUUUAUUUUAUUUAUGUACUGUGGUAUCUUGGGUUAAGAACUUAAUUCAUUCUGGAUGUCUGUUCUUAACCUGAAACUGUUCUUAACCUGAGGUACCUCUUUAGCUAAUGGCGCCUCCCGCUGCUGCCGCACCAUCACCACAGUGAUUUCUGUUCUCAUCCUGAAGCAAAGUUCUUAACCCAAGGUACUAUUUCUGGGUUAGCGGAGUCUGUAAAUUGAAGCGUCUGUAACCCGAGGUACCACUGUACCACCCUUUAUCCAAAGAUCCCAGGCUGGUGUACAACAUUCAGAACACAAUAAACGGAGCAUAAUAAAAAACAUAAUACACAGCAUAAUAAUAAAAUAAUCAUAAUAACAGUCCCCUGCCCACAUUUAAUAGGCCGUAGUUUAUUUAAUGGCCAAAGUCCUGGGUAAAGAGCAAUGGCUUUGCCUGGUGCCUAAAGUAAUAUAAUGAUGGCGCUGGGUGAGCCUCUUCAGGGAGAGCAUUCCACGGUCGGUGUCCGGGGCUCUGCUUCCUCCUCCCUUGGCCAUAGAUAAGCAGUACAAAGAGAAAGCAGUCUCUUACUAGUAACAGAACUGUUUAAUGAACGCAGCAAAAGAACAAGUGUCCCUUCUCAGAGUGCAGGUGCUCCCAAUUCCAGUUCCGCCCACUUCCCUCUAGUCACUUCCGCCCUCUCAUCUCCUAGCCACCUGAUCUCUUAACCAUUCAGCCUUUUGCGCAGUUACCUUAGCUAAUCUCCUAGCCUUGGGACUGAGAGGCUGCACAUCUUCCAGUGAUAGAGAGUCUGCUAGCUCACUCUCUUCCCAUUCUUCUUCUUGCUGUUCACCUCCCAGUUCUGCCCAACUGUUGUCUUGCAAUCUGUGCCCCUCCACAAACCAUUGUUCCAAAUCAACACUACUCCACUGCUCCUGUGGAGUUUCAGGAUCCUGGCCAUGAGCAGGGGGAGGGGGAGGCUCCCACCGUUCCUCACCAGAGUUGUACUCCUCAGCCUGGUGUCUGACAGUUGGGGAGCCACCACAGUAGAAGCCGGUUCUCAUGCUGCCACCCUCCAAACCUCUUGGGGAGCGAGGACAUGGAGAAGGGCGUCAGAUGACAAGCGCAGGGUUUGAGUCAGUUUGUAAGUCCGUCCUUAAGGUAAUGAGGUCCUGAGCCAUGUAAGGCUUUAUAGGUCAGCACCAGCACUUUGAAUUGGGCCCAGAAACUAAUUGGCAGCCAGCUUGAACUGUAUAUGUAUGGAGUCAAUAAGUAAGGUAAGGGACCCCUGGACGGUUAAAUCCAGUCAAAGGCGACUAUGGGGUUGUGGUGCUCAUCUCGCUUUCAGGCCGAGGGAGACAGUCUUUGUCCACAGACAGUUUUCCGGGUUGUGGCCAGCAUGACUAAACUGCUACUGGUGAACGGAGGACCGUGAUGAGUGCCAGAGCGCACGGAAACGCCAUUUACCUUCCCACUGCAGCGGUACCUAUUUAUCUACUUGCACUGGUAUGCUUUCUAACUGCUAGGUUGGCAGGAGCUGGGACAGAGCAACGGGAGCUCACCCCGUUGCGGGGAUUUGAACCGCCGACCUUCCGAUCAGCAAGUCCAGGAGGCUCAGUGGUUUAGACCACAGCGCCACCCACGUUACCACCAACUGUAAGAAUGACUCUUACUUGAUGAAUGACUCUUGUUUAGGGCCCAUCUACAUCAGUAUUGGCCACACUGACUGGCAGCAGCGCUCCAGGGUUCCAGACGACUCUUCUCCCCAGCCCUACCUGGAGAUGUUGUGAGUUGAACCUUAGCCCUUUUGCAGGUGCUUCACCACUGAACUAUAUUCCUCCCCCCCUCCAAGGGGAGCAGUUUUAUGCAUUCACCUUUGCCUCCUAGCAUUCUUGGACCCCCUGAAGUUCCCUUCCCUCUUUCCUAUUUGUAUACUCUUCAGAACAAGGGAUAAGGCUGUCUUCAGAUGCUGCUGCAUUACAAAUUAUUCAUCACAAUUUUUGUUCUGCCUUUGAGGGGGGGGUAGGAGGGGUGGCACUGUUAAUGCUGUGCUCUCAGCCCUGAGCCCGUCUGAAUAAUUCAAAGGUGUUAAGAAGUGGGAGAAGAGGCAGGUGCCACUGUCUGUGUUUUUCCUUCCUUUUUAUUGUAAGCACUUCCUUUUUUUUUUUUUGUUACCUAGGAAACCAGCGUCGGCUGGCAUGUUGAUGAUCAGGUGGAAUCCAAAGUAGUUUCAGCUGUCAAAGGUAUAUUCCACCUCUGUGAAAUUAUCUCUGCUGAUCAAUUGAAUAGCCCAGGCUUUUAUCGCCUUUGCUAAGUUAUGGACACCUUCCCUCUAGCUCCACUCCUCCUUUCUAAGUUUUGGCCUGAAUCUGCAGUCCAAAUGCAUGUAUAUAAUUAUCUCUUUGAAAUAGUGUCCGGUGUUAACGGGUCCAGCAAUGUGUCUUAAUUGGCGUUCUAAGACAUGAAGAAAAGCAUUGAUGGCCCUCUAAAGGUGUUAUGCAGACAUGAUAAUCCCUAUUCACAUGAACAAGAAAUUUAGAAAUGCUGGGGUGUAGGAAGUCAUAUUCGCUGACUCCCUUGGCUCAUUCUUACAAUCAGAGUUCAUCUCCGACUGCCUCCAUCAAGAAGGGAUGGGGAUGACUUUCACUGUCAUCUUGUCUACAUCGGAGUCUUGGGAUCAUCUAGAACAGGCACCUCCAAACUCGGCCCUCCAGAUAUUUUGCGACUACAACUCCCAUCAUCCUUAGCUAACAGGACCAGUCGUCAGGGAUGAUGGGAAUUGUAGUCCCAAAACAUCUGGAGGGCCGAGUUUUGGGAUGCCUGAUCUAGAAUAUUCUUGGUCAGUCUUUUCCAUUGGGCUCCUGAAAGAUUGUCUUUUAUCUCUUUCAGUAUUUUAAAAUGAUGUGGUGCCAAUGACAGAACUGUUUGAGGAGUCCUGGCAUUAUGCACAUCUCUUAACUCGGUGGUGUUCGCAUGGUUAAUACAGCCAUUCUGUCUUAUGCCCCACCGUGUUUGUUAAGAUAUCCUCUGUUGCCUAGCUGACUUUCCCUCCGAUUCUCUUAGCCUUCUAGUGAGCCCCUGUAUCACACACAGGUGCUGUUUUUUGUUUUUAUGGAAUUCUGAAAUCCAUCAAAAUAACACAGUGUUACCACUGUGUGAAAGGGAUGUUUCAAAGAGAUCCUGAACUUAGCAGAGAUUGUUGACCUUACCACACCCCUUUGAUUUAGUUGCUGAGUCAGUCCUCCAACUGUGUAAAAAAACGGGAGUUGAAACAGGUUAAUGAGUUGUUAUCCGAGAUACCCCUUCAAAUCAUGUUCCUGGAAAUGUGCAUUGAUGUUUGCAAGGAAGGUGUGUGCGUGCAAAUAAUUCAGGGAGAACUUAAUUAAUAGUUACAUUAUGAAUUGAGGGGCAAUAAGAGAAGUGCUGGCUUUAACCCAAAAGAGAGAGUUUACUUUGGCUCAGCAGCUGCCCAUCUGAGGAUGUUCAGUAGUCACGACUUCUUUUGCCAUUUACUUCCACGUCUUCCUCCUGGCACCUGGGUGGUGGACAUUAGAUACUACCAAUUUUAGGUGAUGAUGGGUGGCUUGUCUGUUGCUACAGCCCGAGCCUUUAAAGUUAAGCUAGGUUCAUUCCUCCCUGCAAAUUCUCACCUGCAAUAACAUUCCUGCUGGCCAGCAUAGGGUCCACGGAGACUCUGCUGGCUGCUUAGGUCUCCACAUGUUUAACUGAGUGGAAGUAAACAAGCCAUCCUUUUGAUGCUCCCUAUGGAAGAGAUUCCACCAACCUCCGUUCUUUGCAGAGUUAAAUGGAAAACAGAGAACACUCUUGUUUUUUUCUGCUGUGAAUUCAUCCAGCUCUUUCUAGGAAGGAAAGGCUGCCCUCUCACGCAGUUGCUCAGUUAUACCGUAGCCCGGACAAUGUUGUCUUUUGAGAAUCGUUGUCUUGAAACAGAGGUUGAGUUGUCACUACCCUACCUUUUACAAGAAUGGUUGGGAUUCAGUUUCCCAUACAGAGAUCUAUGGCAGGGCAGUGAAUGGGCCUCUUUCUCUUCAAAUGACAGGGAAAUAAUUUGUCACAAGUGGUUGGCAGGCAUUAUUCCGUUUGAGGGGGUUCUUUUUGUUGAUUCUUCCCAUAAACCCUGAAAAGUUUUUAUUAUUAUUAUAAAGCUAGUUGGUAACAUUUGCAUUAAUUUUAUAGCAAUUACAGGCAUGUUGUUUUUAGUUUCCUUGCAUAGGCUGUAGCUUGGGGUGUAUAUGGCAUUUGCAGGUUUCCCUAUAAAGCAACCCCCCCCCCAAGAGUAAUCCUGCACAGCAGCUGUGACCCAGCAGUUCCAGACCCCUCCAGAUCUCCUGUCUUGGAUUGCCAAAGAAGUCCAAAUUCGUGUCUUACAAAAGCAGGUUUACUAGCUUCUUUUGAUCUCUUCUGAGGAGGGGAGUGUAGCUGUUGAUGGUUUUUGUUUAGUUUGAUAAAACUAUAUUAGAAUGAGACGUGCUCAAAUACACGUUGCAUAAUACCUGUGCUCAGCGGAGAUUAUAUAGCGUACAAAGGUGGGUUCAGAAUUCAAAAAGGAUCUUGUGGAUCUGGAAAAGUGAUUCAAAGGAUCAGGCAAUUGGAGCAUCUUCCCUCUGAGAAAAGAUUAAAGUGUUCGACAUUUCUUAGUUCAUUUCAAGUCAUGGCGGUGGGUGGGGAUAAAGACACACAAUAGGGGAGGGAUGGGGGAGCCCCAUUUCCCAUCAAUCCCAGUAGUCAGGCAGUCAAGUUGGAAUCCCGCAGUGUCCAGAGUGAGACGGACACUCUUUCCCUGCAAGUGGGACUUGUAAAAUAUGUGUGAUACUGAGAAAGUGGGUAGAGACGAUCUGUCCCUUUCCUACAAAAUAAGAACUUGGCAAAACUGAUUCCACCCAAUCUAAACCUACUCUGUGUUGAAUGGCCUAUGACAGGGGUCUGCAACCUGCGGCUGCGGAGCCGCAUGUGGCUCUUUUACACCUUUGCCGCGGCUCCGGGGCGGAUACUAGCGAGGGGAGGAGGCACACUGUGCGCCCCGACACUCCCCACUGUGGCGGGCGCUGUACUGGCUGUGACGUCGCAUGGGGGCGGUGCGUGCAUUAGUCACACACCAUCCCGACAUCACCUUCCCGCCCGCCCGCCUGCUACAUUGUAAAGGGCAUGUAUGCUGGUCACUGCAUUGAAAGGGGGCAUGUACGCUGGUCACUGUUUUGAAGGGGAGUGAAGAACACACACACACAAAAAGGUAACUUGUUAAUUUAACGUUUAUUUCUACGAGGAGGAGUAAUUCUGAGGGGUCAAACAAAGAAAUAAUAAAAAAGUGACAAAAAAGUUAUUUUUAUAAUGACGAGUUUUGCGGCUCCCAGGUUUUUUUUCUUCGGAAAUGGGUCCAAGUUGCUUUUUUUGUCUUAAAGGUUGCAGACCCCUGGUCUAUUUAAAUGGGAAGGUUCAUUAUUGUUCCACAAGAUGUGUAUGUCUUUAAGGGCCAGAGUAAAUAACGAGACCCAGUUUUACAGCUGUGAAACAGCAUAGCAGGUGCUGCUAUGUUGUGUUAAUUAAGCUGUGUCAGCAAUUGGGUAUAGUAUAUAAAGAGCAGCACCUAGCUCUCUCAGUACCCUGGGGGUUGGUUUGGUGGAUGGGUCAUGCUUAUUGAUAUGUUUAGUGUAAAAGGAGUUUUUGUUUUUGUUAUUAAAACCUUCUUAAAGUUAUUUUUGAGUUCCUUGUAAGGCGUGGUCUCCCCAGCAAGCUUUCUGCAGCGCAAGUAAACUGCAAAUACCCAACACUCUAACCGUGGCCCACAACCUCAUGCAUUUCCCCUCCCAGGCCCACUAAGGGUCAUUUCCCCCCUUUCCCUCCCUCUGCCUAUUUCUUGCCCAGGCCCCUGGUUGGCAAUAUUGCCAUUCCCCAGGCCAAAAACAUAAGAAAAGCCCCGGUGGAUCAGGCCAGUAGCCUUUUCGGUUCAGUACCCUGUUCUCACAGUGGCCAACCAGAUGCCAGUGGGAAACCAGUAGGCAGGAUUCAAGGACAAGAACACUUCCCUCCAUGCAGCCCCUGCCGUAGUUUCCAGCAACUGGUGAUACCCAACAACCGACACAGCUGUCAUGGCUAGCAGCCAUUGGUAGCCCCAACAGAACAUGCUCAUUCCUCAUCUGGGACGAUAAUCCCAAACCAUUUUAUUGAAUACUGCAACUUCUCACACCGCAGAAAGUAGGUUUGGAAAUAGUGAGAAUGCUCAUAUUUGUGGGUGCACAGGAGCUAAGUAGGAUUUGCAAGGUAAUUGGUUUCAACUUGUUAAACCAUUUGCAUCUGGAGUACACUAAGUGAGAUUUGUUCAAACGAGAACGCUUUGCUCUUCUAGCUAACAAGAAGCACCUGAAUUCUGUGCUGUAAACACAUGCAGUCGUGUCGCGCUGGCGUGCUCCUUUCGUGAAGGCGGCUAAAUUGAAAUAGAUCUCCCAGCGCCAAGCGAGGCGUAUUAAUUGCACAGCCUUAUUCUAUUAUCUUUGGCCUAAUUUUCCGGAAAAUGAAGGCUGUGCGCUGUGGCAAAUCAUUAGGACAUUUGUAACAAUCAAGAGUAGCCUUUGCUGUUGUGUGAGGCAUUUAGAGCUGUGUCAACUGACCUUUUCAUUUGCCCACAAUCUGUGCAGCUCUUUUUGGAAAGCUUCUGGUUUGAAUGGAAAAUGCGCAGCUUGGAAAAUUCCACUAAUUUCUACUUGCAGGUGGUGUCUAGAACAGGAGACCCCAGGCUGCCAGCCUAUAGACCUUGCAUUGCAGUAAAUAGCCGGCCAUACCCAAAUUCCUACUGUGGACAAGCUGUUGUUGGAGGUGCUAGUGGCAAAAAAGGGCAGGGAUAUGUGGAAUCUGACAACAAUUCCAAACUGCUAGCUUUGGUUGCAGGGAGGCAACAUCUGCCCUGUGGUGAACAAGCAGAUGAGCGUGAGGAUUGUCCAUGUUGAUGCAUUUGCGAUUUGGUGGCCUCUGUUACAGACUUGCCUGAGCCCAUUCUCAAGAGAAUUCCUUAACACUGUAACUGUGACAUCUGAACAGUGACUAUUGUGUUUGCCUGUGUGCAUUUCCCACAAACAGACAAUGACUGUGCCUGCAGGUGCUUUUAAUCAGUUGUGUUAUAGUUAGUCUUAAGGGAGGAGUCAUUAAACUGCACAGAUCACAAUACUUUUUUCUCUCGCCUUCAGUGUUAAACCUUUUAACUUCAUGCCCGAAGGUGAGUGGGCAGCAAGUUGGAGCUGAGAAGAAAACGUCCUCUGCUUUGCAGUGCAUCAGUUUCCUGGGCUAACCAUGCUGUCUAGACGCACUGAUUCUUUUUUUUUCUCUGUCUUGGGUCACUCUUGCUAUCUGCAAGCUUUAUUCAAGUGGUCCGCGGCAUGCCUCUGGAUUCUUGGUUGAGGAUGGGAAAUGGCACAACCAUCACAUUAAAUGUUCAUAGUGAUUUUUAAUUCUUUUUAUUUAUUACAUUGUAUUCACUGCAUUCUGUGGAAUUCAAAUUGCAAUACAGUAAAAUGCAAAUGAAGCAAUAAAGCGAGAUUGGAAGUCAUACAGCAUCUAGCACAGCACAGUACAAUUGCUACAAUGGACAGAAAAAUCAUCAAGUGGCCCACUGAGGUGCUCAGGAAUUUUCAGGUGGUCCAUGGAGGGGGAAACGUUGGGAGCCACUGAUCUAAACUUUCUACAAAAUGGCUACUAGUCUCUUGGUUCAGAGGCCAUGUGCCACACAGUGUCAGCUGCCAGGUCGCAACAAUGGCCAGAAGGGCUGUUAGCUUACUUUCCCCCAGAAAUAUCUGGGUGGCCAUUGUAGGGGGAGACAGAAUUGACUUUUGGUGUGGCAAAGCCAGGGCUGCUCCUAACUUCUUGUUUUGAGGAAGCGGGUGAGGACGGGCAGAGAGAGAAAAAAGGCACACCGGUUAAUGGGUUCUUGUCUUGUCGUGUGUGUCGUUUCAGGUGCUCUCACAGUUGGCCUUGUGCGACAGUGUCAAACCAUUCAUGGACGUGACAGGACCUGUAUUCCUCCACGGUUGCCUCCUGAGUGGGUCACCACCUUGUUUUUCAUCAUCAUGGGAAUCAUUUCACUGACUGUCACAUGUGGCUUGCUAGUGGCUUCCCACUGGCGAAGAGAAGCAACUAAAUACGCACGCUGGAUAGCAUUCACUGGAAGUAAGUCUGCCUUUUGGGCUCUGGAGUAGAUCUGGCAGCAGGCCAAACCUCUGGGAGUCACCUUGGCUUUUGGGAAGUCAGGAGAGGGGAGCACCUGUGUCUGAGAUGCUUCCGAACACCUUCCUCGUAACCUGAAACCCCAUGUGGACCCUCCUUUCCCUGGCAGGAAGCUGAAAACUCUUCCCUGUUUUCAAGAAACCUGCAUGUACUGACUCCUUCUCCAGAAUCUGCCAUUGGUUUCUGUGACCUGAAAGAAGGAAGGGUUUAUUAGAUUUUAUAUUCCCCCCAGGGAGGUCUAGGUAGGAUACUUUCUGAGUUUGGGGGGUGAGGGGUAAGGCUCUUUUCUCUCUCACACAACUAGGUUGCAGUGUCCUAGUUUCGUCCCUACUGCUAAGCCUAAUUUGGGUUCCCCUGUCAAAGGUCAGCACGCUAACAGUGGAGGGCAUGGCUGGCUGAGUGGAACAAAGUGAAAAGGAACAUUCCACCGGGCAAUAGUUCAGAAUUUGUUCACUCCCUUUUCAGAGCCACCUGAGCCCAUGAUCAACCACAACAUCUUGUGGCAAUGAAUGUAAUACAUUAAUUACUCCUCCCACACAGCCAGCCUUUAAGUACAGCUUUGUGCAGUCCAUGAAGAUAUACAAGGGAAAUCUGCAAGCACCUGCUGUCCAGUUCAAAAGGUCUCAAGGCAGGGAUGGUGCUGUUUCCCUCAUUAAACUCCUUCGUAUCCAAAGCAGAAGCAGAUUUCCCCUGCUCUGGUGCAGCUCCUUCAAGCCCCGUAAACCAAAUAUUGCCUACUUCACGGAAUGCUACUGAACAUGAAACUCACUGUGCCACACAGGAUCCAAAAAGACUUGCAGUCCAUGUUUGCAAUAUUCACUUAGUUUUGCCUACAAGUCAGGCUCAUCUGGCAACUUUUUUUUAAAAGAGGCGCCUGUUAAGUAUGAAUGCAGAUUAAUAGCAAUUGCUGCUGAGUUACACAGUACUUGCACUGGUGGCUGGUGACUGUUGACGCUGGUGGGGCAUAAGGCAGGAGACCAGUGGUAGGUGGAGUCAGUGCCAGUGAUAAGCAGAGCCAAUUACUUCUGGUUUUGCCCCUGUCUUUCUCCCUGCUGAGUUCUACAAGGAACAAUGCUGAAACUGAAGAGGAGGAAGUUUACAGCCUGUGCCACCUCUUGAACUGGUUGCUUAGCAGUUCUUGUUUUAUCUGUAAGCCACUUGAGUCCCAUCAAGGAAAAAGGCGGGGUAUUUUUAUUAUUAUUAUUAUUAUUAUUAUUAUUAUUAUUGUUAUUAUUAUUAUUUAUUGGCUGUUUGGGGGCACACUGAAGGUAGUUGGGCAUUUGUCCUUAUGGACCAGCCUACUCUGAUCUGAUGCAAGUUGUCUCACUCCACAAGUUAGAACUUACCCCAUAUUCACAAGCCAUCAGUCACUGUGGGCUAGCAGUGCAGGUUGGGAAAUCUGAGCUGGAGUGAUCUCCUUUCACAAAUAUUUGCCCACCCAGGAAGAUCAGAAAUACUGCUUUCCAUGAAGCACCCUUCUCCAAACUAUUGUGCAUAUUUGGGGGUGGGUAAUAGGAAGCUUAUUUCUUUACGCAGACUAAUUAUAACAGAUAGGAUCCGUUUCGAAAAAUGGAGUAGGUGCACAUGCAUGUUUUAAUAGGAUUGCUUUAUUCCCUGCUUUUUGUUCUAGUCAACAGCAGUUUCACCUAUACCAGAAACCAAUUUUCUGCAAGUGUCUGAGCCUAAUCUACUGCAGGAUUUUGAAUAUCCCCAAGUAAAAACACUAUAUUAUCUAAAAGACAGACUCAGGAUGCCCUGGGCAGCUGCAUACAGUAUCACUGAGAGCUAGCGUAAAUAGAAGAAUGGAUAAAAGGGGGAAUGAGGCAUUGUGGAGUUUUGGAGGUUCAUACUCACCCUUUUUUCUUAAAUAAUAUACUUCUGCAAGCCUGAGUUUGCUGAGACCUUCUAAAGGAACAUCAGAAAUGGAGUAGAAAUGUUGGAGGAGAGGGCAGUACUGUCAGUGGGUACUUGAUGGUGGUGCAGAGCUCAGGUGCAGAGUCGGCCUUUCUCUGAAUUCUGUUUGCUGAGAGAGGGGCUCCUUUUGCCCUAUUGCCCCAUGGUUGGCUUGCCAGAAACGUCUUGACUUCUGGGAGGCACUCUGGUUCAAUGGUAGAGCCAGCCAACACUGAUUCUCUACUUUGCACGCAGAAGGUCCCAUACUCAGUCUCUGGUAUAAUAAUAAUAAUAAUAAUAAUAAUAAUAAUAAUAAUAAUAUCUUUAUUGUCAUUGCCCCCUUCGGGGACAACGAAAUUAAUUGACUGCUCCAUAAAAACACUAAUUAAUCAAUACAGUAUAAUACAGCAAGGGAGAUUAGAUGACUUUCAAAGUCCGGGCUUCCCAUUCAGGGCCGAGAUCGCUCUGGAGAAGAAGCUGUUCUUAAGACGGCUCGUUCUUGUCUUCAUCGUCCUGUAUCUCUGUCCCGACAGCAAGAGCUCGAAGAGACAGUGACCAGGAUGCGAUGGAUCUUUUACUAUGUCCAGUGCCUUCCUAUGGCACCUUGUGGCAUAAAUCUGCUCUAAGGUGGAGAGUGGGCAGCCAACAAUGCUCUCUGCUGCCUUAACAACCCUGCACAACCCCACCCUGUCCUGGGUAGUACAGCUUCUGUACCACACACAUAAGCCAUAAGUGAGCACGCUCUCAAUGGCACAGUGAUAGAAGGCAAGCAGCAGUUUCUGCGGAAGAUGGUUUUUCCUUAGUAUUCUCAAAAGUACAGUCUCUGCUGCACCUUCUUCACAAGCCCCCUUGUGUUGACACUCCAGGACAGAUCCUCUUGUAAUUCAAUACCCAAAAUCUGAACGUUGUUACCCUCUCCACACAGACCCCAUCAAUCAAAAGUGGCUGGACGUUGCUCUUCUGUCUCCUGAAGUCCACCACAAGCUCCUUUGUCUUCCUUGUAUUUAUGAGCAAGUUGUUAGCUCUGCACCACUCUGUCAGUAUCCCCCAGUUAAAAGGUUCAGGUAUCAAGUAAUAAGGAAAAACCUCUACCUGAGACUCUGAUGAGCUAUGGCCAUUUGGAAUGGUCAGUUGUACCAAGCUAGAUGGGUAGGUGGUCUGACCAGGUGCAUGUCCACUUCUGAUAAGCCAUACGAUGGGCAUAAUGCUCCUUUUGUGCUCUACAGCGGGAGGGGAGUGAUGCAGCUGUAUUGGGAGGAAGAGCCUGGCGAAGGUUGAAGGUUAUCUACACUGGGUCAGCAAGCCUAGAAUUUUAUCCUGUGUUAUCCCUUGGGAACAUGAAAUUCCCAAGGGCAGGUGUCCCCUCCUUGCCUCACAUCUGGGACCCACACAGGCAGUGGGAUAGGGUAGUAGAAUAGGCUGAAGGCUUGUUCAUUCCAGAGUGUGCUGUGCCUCUGACCCGAGCCAAAUCAAGUAGAAGCCAAGUGGGCUUUUUUCCAAACCUCCUGGUCAGCGCACACCCCAUCCUGUUCUCUUAGCUGUGUUCAUUUGGGUGCCGAAUUAACAGAAAGCUUUAAGCUCCCUCUAGUGGUUUUUCAGCUGGAGUCCUGAUAAACUAAGACUGGAUUGGUAGACUGUCUGUUUCAGGUAGGUGUCCCAUGGCUACUAUAGCGUUCUUUCUUUGAAAUCAGAAGCCAUCGGUCUCCUAGCUUGUGCUUAGGGUGUGACCACAAAAUAUUCGUUCCAGUUAGCAUACUGCCCCCCUUGAGGUACGGCAUACGUGUGUUUUGCAUGGAAUGUGUACCGUGCUGUCUUCAACUUACUUACACAUUUUUACACAUCAACGCCCCAUCUUUCAUUGAACAUUUCCAAGAUGGCUUACAGUUAAAUCAGGAAUUCAUGAAAAUGCUAAAAAAAGGCCCCUGUGGGACAGAACAUUGCACUAAGAGUCCAGCCAUCUAAAAUGGAGAGCAGCUGAAGGUAUCAUGAUUCACUGGUUGUUUAUUGAGCCUGGUUUAACAAGAAAAUCUUCAGCUGGCAUCUAAAACGCAGGACGGUAUUGGGUAAGUGGUCUUAAGGAGGGUAUUUAUUGCUGGAGCAUUCUGUUACAAUGGCCUUCACUUGAGCCAUUCCUUGCCUGAUCUCUAAUGAUGGUGGUGGGAAUGAUCGGGUAGUACAGAGGUUGCCAACAUAGCGCUGAUGGGCAUAGAGGUACCAACAGAGGCUUUCCAUGAGGCAUUCUGUAAUUGAGGUGCCAGAAGGUUCUCUACUUGGUAGCCAUUUGCCACAUGGCAGCUGGUGAGGCACCCAAGGAAGUCCCUCUGCCAGAGAAUUAUAGGGUUGGAAGAGACCUGUGAGGUUCUCUAGUUUAAUCCUUUACUGAUGCAGGAAAUCUGAGGUUCUUAAGUUACGGAAAUGUAUAUAUGCAGACAAGUAGUCCUGGUCAGAGUGCCUUGUAACUUGGGAGAUACCCAGAGAACAAAGAGCAACAUCUAUGUAAGGAUCUGUUGGUUUGAGUGCCACAUCCCUCUAAAUCCCAAUCCUCUUUCUUGUCCUUUUGAGAUGUAGUGGGAUGAAACUUCCAAGGUCUGCAAUCCGUGGUGGUUGUUGUUUAAUGCUAUGAGCUAUCAACAUGACUCUCCCUCUCUCACACACCCCAAGGACUAAUCCCUGUUUUGUUUUUAUUUUCUUCCAGUGAUCCUAUUCUGCAUGGCGGCCCUAAUAUUUCCCAUAGGAUUUUAUAUCAACGAAGUGGGUGGCCAACCUUAUAAACUGCCGAACAACACAGUGGUUGGGUCGUCGUACGUACUGUUUGUUUUAUCCAUUUUCUUUACAAUAGUGGGACUUCUAUUUGCUGGCAAAGUCUGUUUACCUGGCUGACAAAGGUCUAGAUACUGCUUCACUCGGUCAUGAAGGAGAGUAGGACGCCUGUCGCUAUCUCGGAAGGAUGCCUGCGUUGGGCUGCUGCAGUCUUACCGGAACGAGGAGGUCUCUGAUGCGUUCUCACUAUGCACUUUGGAUUUAUUUUUGUUUUUGAACGGAGAGCCUUUCCCACAACCAAAUACAGACAGACAGCCUUGACUCAUCUCCUGAGCGUCUGGAUGCGGUCAGGUGUGCACUGUGAUAGAAACUAGUGUAGUGGAAUAAUUCUUUUCUACACUGAGCAGCGUUAUUGCCCCCCCCACCCCCACCCCCCACAUCACUGUACUGGACCCAUUUUAGAUAACUUGACAAUUUUGAAAAAUCUCAAAAGUAUUUAUGAACUUUGGUCGACCAGAGGUUUGCCAAGGGAGUUGGAAGUGGGGCUGGCCUCACUCUCUUUAGGAGAUAAGCAUCUUCCUUCUGUGAUAGGCAAGAAGCAUUUGCCGCCAAAAAAACCAACCAACCAACAGCUCAACAUUACACUAACUGCAUCCUGAAGCCAAUUGAUCAAAAGAUGUUCUCGGAAAUCUGUUACAACAAAAACGUCUGCCUGCCAUCUCUCUCGCCAACCCCAGUGAGCUCUAGAAACACCGUGGAACGUCAGGGUGGCUAGGAAUUCUUCAUUAUAUUUAUAUAAAUAUAUAUAUAUAUAUAUUGCUGAUGCAGUAUACAGAAUAUGUAUAUAUAUGUUUGUGUGUGUAUAUGUGUGUGUGUGUGUGUGUAUAUACACAUACAUAUAUAUACACGCAGACACAUGUUUCUGGAAGAGAGCUCUCGAGCGCUUUGCUAGCAAAACACUGUGGUGUGUAAAACUAGAACUCGAUAGGAGAGGGGGGAAAGUGAAAUAGAAAAAACAACAACACAAAGCCAUUUCUCUGAAGGCUGCAUAGCUGGAAAAGUCUUCAGUUUACCUCAUUCUUUGUAGCAGCCCUUGGUUUUAACAGAUGUUUUGUUAUAGGUACAAACAACUCCAUACCUUUCUAGGUGCAAUUCUAAGUUAAGCUAAGAGGGUUUUGUUCUUUAUAUGGUAAUUUAUUUGUAUAUUGGGGAUAGAAGGCAAGUUUGUGUCAUACUUUGCAAAGGUCCGAUCCCAGUAUUGGGAAGUUACACUACUUAAAUUAUGGGCAACUGAAGUGGGUUGAUUUCUCUCCAUCUCUCUCUGUUUCUCUCCUCCCCUCCACAACCCUCUUUCCACUUUGCCAGCUCUUUCUGGCUUCACUUAUUAAUAUGAAUUUCUCCACAGAAAAUCUACCGUGAGAUAUCAUCUCAAGUUGGCUACAUGAACCGGGUGGUUGGGCAGUAAAAGCUACAAAGAGGGACAUAGUCUUCUUUCAUGUGCGAGUAUUAAGUUAAAUCCACUGGUACAAAAAAGAGAGCCAUAUGGUCACUUGACGUCCCCAUGCUUUGCCUUGUUCUGACACUUAACGUAGGGCUUGCUCACAUCCAAGGGGCCUUUGCAGUUCGUAGCAUCGUCUCCCCUCUCAUCCUGGUCUCUUAAGAGAGUCUGCCAUUGCCAACCUCCUUCAGUAAUGGAGGCAGCUCCUGUUUUCUCUGCUCUCCGGCCAAGAGAGCACUUAUGGGCCCACCAGAAGUGAAGAACAACCUGCAGUAGCCAAAACGGAAGAUCUGAGCAACAGUCUUUUGCCAGAGUGUUUCUGAGCAGCAGCACCUGCCUGCCAUUCUGGGCAUGAGCAGCCCCCAUUAAAGCUCCUUAAUUCACGUCAUCAGGCCCAGCAGCAGCGGUCUGGUUUUUGUAGCUCCAUUCAUCAGCAGGCCCUUUGCCAGGAUGUGGGCUUUGGCAGAUGCCUGAUGGUUUUGACCCUAGGCGCCAGCCCUGCUCACUUAAGUGACGGCGACUGAGUGGAGCUGGAACAGCAGCAACAACGAAACCCCACGCUAUUUUGGAAGAAGUUGAUAACCUUUGAAAUAGUGUUGAAUGCUAGCUGCUGGUCCUUUAAUGCAAGUUGUUUAGGGAGUCACUGCUGUUGUACUUUCAGCAUAACACAUGGUGUUGCUCUCUAUUCACGGGUACAACUGAUCACUGCAAAGAUGUCAUAGAAUUGUAGCGUUGGAAGGGACCACGAGGAAUCAUCGUAGCAGUGGGAAAAUGUAAGGUUACCAGGCCGGCAGCAUCUCAUGCUACAAUCAGGCACUGAGGGGAAUUGCUUCCGGCUUCAAGAGAAAGAUCCUGACCAAUUUUCAUUUGUGUAUGCAAAAUUUGCUGUAAAAACGAGGAUUCUCUGGUAGAAAAAUCAUGUAUGAUUUUCAGAACAACCUUCCAAUCAUGCAAACUUUCCCAUCACAGUAUUGUUGCCAGAGGCUGACUUGGAUGUAUCAGAUUCCUUUCUCUGUAGAGUUUAUGGAUGAUUGUGAUAUAUAUAUAUUUUGCCUGGAGUAUUUGUUUUAAAAAAAAUUAACCUGUUCACUCAGCUGGCUGAGGGGUUCUUCACAAAAGAAAUUGUGAGCGCUGUUGAAUUCUGUCAGCUUUCCUAAAAUGACACCCUAUGUGGGCUUGCUGGUUUUGGAUGUGAAAGUUCUUUUUAAACUGCGCAAUGUUGGAGAAAACUGGAUUGCAACAGCAAAUCCCAUGCAGAGCUCUGAGGAGAUCUUCAUAGUUUAAUGGGGUUAAUUUGUUCGCAUUUAUGAAUUGGUACUUAAAAGGGAUGAGCAAGCUGAUAAAAGGCCUGGCAGCUAUAACCUGUUCUAGUAAGGGUAAAAAUGACACCUUCUCCAAAGGAUUAUUGUAAAUAGUUCCAUGGAAUAAUAUGGAGGUGGUGCAUUUUCCUAGAAGUUUUAUCCCUGGUUUGUUACCUGCCUGGGUUCUUUCUAGGGCUGCCAGUAUUGUUACUGCCUUUUCUCUUGUACAGCACGACAUCCAGAAAUACAGCUAAUGAUCUCUCUUCCUGCCAUGGAAAUGAAAUUAUAUUAGAAACCUUCACCAGUUUAAUUUCUACAUAUCAGACUGCUGUUGUAAGACACAGGAGCAGAGCUUUUUUAAAAACAAAAACAAAAACUGCAAACUCUUGCCCUUCUACUACAUUCUAUGUCUUGCCAUAGUUAACGACAUAAGUACCCUACAAUUAUCUGAGUAACUGUAUGGUCCUCUUUUCAUACCUUGUUUGCUGCAGGUGCUAUUUUGAGAUCAGGAAUCGGAGCAUUUAACCUCGCACAAUCUCUGCCUAAGAAGGCAGAGUAAGUUAUGGCUGGGCCAAAUCUCUUGCAGCCCUCCUUGCCCUUCCUCUAUUCUUUCUUAGUGUGUAUCUCCCCACCCCAAAUUCAUACCGCCAUCACCUGUCUUCAUUGGCACCAUCUUUCAGACGUGGGAUCUUGCACCCCUAUCUAAAGCUCAGCCUGCCUUUCUACAUUAGGAAGCUGAAUUAAACCCCAUCUCCCCUAUUUGGAAACAUGAGCAAAUGGCAUUAGUUAAGAGCUCUUGGUUGAGAAAUAGGAAGACCGCAGAAGCUCACUGGCCAUUUAUUAUUAUUAGUUUGGAAGAACCAGGAAUGCUCCCAAGCUCCCAUCCUUAAACGAUUAAAUGGAAGGGUUUAAUAUAAGCUGGCCUUGACUUGAGUUUGAAACUGUCCUGAGAACAUAGAUUAGCAACCUAAGCUGAUGGAUUUGUGUUCUCUGCUAAACAGGAGGUCAAAGGGUAUUGGGAGAUGGGUCACAUGUAUCCAAAAUGCAUCAUGGGAGCCUUAGUAGGGGCAGUGUCAAGACUAGGGCAGAGCGACAUCUGCUUUUCAGCAUCACGAUAUAUCACAAGCUAAACAUCAUGAUAUACCGAUAUAUAUGAAAUAUAUGUCUGAAAUAAGGAUGGAACUAUGUAGAGGCAAAUGGCAUAAUGUCCUGGCAUCUAGGGGUCUAAAACUGAUACGGUUUUUCUUAACGUUAACAUACUGUUACAAGUGUUUUUUAUAGUACAGAGCAACAGGGGUGGCAGGAAUCAUGAGAAAAGUGAUGACCGGCUUCACGGUUUUUCCCACAUUGUGAUUUUUUUUUUUACAUAGCCAGACAUCGUGAUCCAUGAUAUAUCACCAUGUCGAACAUUAUGAAACUGUUCCCACGAUGCGGACUUCAAACUGAUUUUGGAUAGUGUAUCGAUACAUCACCCAGCCCUAGUCCAGACCCCCGCGCCUGCUUACAUGGGGGGCAUAUUUGCCAGAACGACCUCACCCCACUGUCCCCUUUCUGUAGAUGACCACAUGGUGACAUUUUCCUGACUUAACUAAAAACAGGUUGGGAAAGUUCAGAAGAAGAGCAUCCGCUGAUGACCUUCUGUGAUCAUGGAAUAUGUCCAGUCUGUAUAUUGUGAGCAGGAGCCUGGCCUGUCUACAGGUAUUUGUGAAAAUCAGUAUAGCUGCAGAAUGCAUAAAUAAUUGGUGUGUUAUGUUUGUUUAACUUUAAUUUCAGUCAUUUGGGGGGGGGUGGAUAAUCCUUCUAACUAUAAAAAGGAAUGGGAGGGACAGAGAGGAUCAGCAGUUGCUUUUAAUAAGAUCACAUGGAAUGCAGUAUUAAUUUAUAGCAGAAAGACCAUAUCUUGUAAACUGUAUAUAAAACACAGUUUUAUGGUGCAAUUGUUUGUCAACCUUCUGUCUGUUACUUUUGGGGGGGUCAGCAUUGUGUCCCCCCCUUCCCCAUACCUAAGAGCAUCAUGCUAAAAUCUGCAAAGAAAUAUUUGUCGCUUGUAUUUGCACAAGGAUUUUUUUUUCUCUUUUUGGGGAAAACCUGUUACAGGCUUUUUAAUAAAUGCCUGUCCCUUAAUUCAGUUCAGUGUGUGCAACUUUUUUGCCCAGCAAAAUCUGCAUUGGUGGGGUGAGCAUUCACAUAAAGCCUUUUGAAAUUCUGCCAGCUUUACUUUUAAGAGCAAAUUAUUUGUAUUAGUCCAGUCACACUUACUUUGCUGCUAUUUCAUGAAUGCCCCAAAUUAUUCACACGACUCCGAAUGCUUUUAACAUCCUGGUUCUGGUGAAAUGAAGUUCAUUCUACAGUCAUUUUGACAGGCUUAUGGUAAACUUGUACGGUCUCUAUUUCUAUUGUGACCAAUAAACUUCACAGCAGCAACUCUUCCUCCCCACCCUGCUUUUUUGGAGUCUUUUGUGAGAUUUCUCUGAAAAAAACCAAACCUGAAUUUGUGUCUGUUACAAUAUCAUUUUUUUACUAUCCUGUUGCCAUUUUAAAGCCUUCUUUUCAGGGUUGAGGGUGGGGAGACGGGAAUCUUGAAGCUUAGGCCUUAUUUUUCAAAUUUACAGUCACUGGAGUCACGCCUGAGAUAAAAUUGUAGAGUUUAGGGAUCUGUUUCCAAGCAUUUCUGUUUUAAUGACUUCGGUGCACUGCUAAAGCUCACUUUCACACCCCUUUCCUUUCUCCGGUGUGUUAUUUCAGUUGCUGUUUUGACCUGCUGUUAAAAAAAAUAUAAAGUUGUGUGAAGGAUCCCAAAGCAAAAAGAUGAAGGAAAUGGCAUUUUCAGAUAGGUUUUCCUGCCUUGGAGUUGCUAGUUCUGUUUCUGCUACUCCAAGAGAUCAUAAAUGUUUGGGCUCAAGGUCUUCGUGGUGGUCUUCCCCCUUUCCACUGCAACCAUAUCCUCUUCCAACUGUUAAAGAUUAUUUCUAAUUGGUUAGGACAUUUCUCUCCCCCGCCCCGAUUUAAUUUCCAAACAAAUUGUUAAUACAAGCUGUAUAAAAUGAACAUAAUUUUCUUCACUUGUAUUUUUGUUAUUGAGCAAGUUUAUCAAAAUAAAUUGUCUACUU